AUGGCGAGGGAGCUCACGAGGAAACGGCAGGAGACUGUCGCUACUAACCUCAACCCUCACACGCCACGUCACUUUGCUGAAUGGUGAGACCAGUGGUUCCACAGCUACCAGCUUGCGGCCAUCAAGAUGAACACCAGCAGGACUGCUGCUGCCAUUUUUAAACUCUUGUAACAGCUACAAAAAAAGACAUAAGGGGGAUGAGUGGCCCCUUUUGCCCACUAAAUAGCUCCAUGCUUCCCAGGUAAAAAAAAUAUAAGCCAUCUGUUGAACUUUUGACCCACCAUAGGAGCCAACUCCUAGGGGCCAAAGUCUCUUUGACCCCCAAAAAAAAAUAUUUGAGGGGGCAAGCCCCCCCAUGAUAGGCAUUGUCACAUAGCUGUCAACUUUUCUCUUUUCUUGUGAGGAAUCCUAUUCAGAAUAAGGGAAUUUCCCUUUAAAAAAGGGAAACAUUGACAGCUAUGCAUUGUCAUUCCAAUGCUGUGUGCACACCGUAUCUUGUGAUCGCUUAUGUGAGGUGGGGCUUGCCUGGGACCCCCCCCAAAAAAAGUUUUGUUCAAGUUGGCACCCCUGUGACCCACCAUUAGUACAGAACCCUGUUAAUAAACCAGUGAGGUCUCCAAUCUGAGCUAGAGGAUGAAUCAAAUAUGCAAGUUUCAACAAACAUAGAACCAAACUAUACUGUCCAUCAGGGAACAAUAAUAGCACAGUCUGUCAGGAAUGAUAAUCACAUUACCCUUUUAUGUUAGGAAUUUUGGUUGAUUCAUAUUCUACAGUCUUUUAAAUGUGUUUGUGGGAGAGGUUAUUAUUUUGUUUUUCUUUGAACUAUUUAUUUUGUGCUUUUUAUCCUGUAUUUUUAUCUUGUGAACUGCCCUGAGCUCUUUGGAUUAAGGGCAAAAUAUAAAUUAGGUAAAUAAAUAAAUUUUGUGCCCUGCAGGCAGGAAAGGCAGAAAAAGGGUUCCCCAUCCCCACCCAAUUCACUUAAACUUUCCCUUCUUGGAAAAACCUCACCUACUAAAUUUCUAGCUGCCUUUUAGCUUUUAAAGCCAUAGGAGUUCUUGCCACAGGAGCUAGGAAGAAAAAACAAUUCUUUGGGUCAGUCAUUAUUACAAAGGAAAGCUAUUUCCCUUUGGUGAAUAUGCGGUAAAUGUGUGAUCAGUCGUGAUUCUAUACUUAACUUGAAGAGUAGGGGAGAAAUACUGAUCAAAUGAAGUAAUCUUCACCUGAUGCAGUAAGUGAGGAGACUGGCAGCCAGUGUACACCCUGAGAGCGAUUGUUCUCUCAUUUUAAUACCACUCCCUUUCGAACAAAUACUUUCCAACAUGGUGUUCAUUUUUUCCCCAUAUUCACCACAAGAAUAUAGGGUGGUGCCUUAUACUGAGUCAGACCAGUAUAAGCUCCAUAUUGUUUUCACUGACUGGCAGCAGUUCUCCAAGGUUCCAGAUGAGACAUUCCCUAGAGAUGCCAAGGUUUGAACCUGGGACUUUCAAAGUAGAUGCUCUACCAGUGAGCUACAGCACUUCCCACCAAGACACACCUGCCGUAUCAGAGUAUAACCUUUGCCAACUCCACGAUAUCAUUAGUACAGAUGUACCUCGGAAGUCAAAUGGAACCUGUUCUGGCAGUCCAUUCAACUUCCAAAAUGUUUGGAAACCAAAGCACGACUUCUGAUUGGCUGCAGGAAGUUCCUGCAGCCAAUCAGAAGCCGCGGAAGGCCCAUCUGACAUCCGGGUUCCAAAGAGCGUUCUCAAACUGGAACACUCACUUCCGGGCAUUCGGGAACCAAAACGUCCGAGUACCAAGGCGUUUGGGAUCCAAGGUACAACUGUAUUAAUAUUUUAAAGCUUUGCAGUGGUACAAAAUAAAGUGAAAAAGGUGGGCGGAAGAAAGAGAAGGAAUGCAAUACAAUAUAUGGUAAUGUAGCUAUGAUUCUUCUCUGCACACACAAAUAUUUGGUGAUGAGGACUGUCAUUUCUGAAGUGAGCAGGCUGAUGUCAGCCCAUCGCUACACGAGGUUAUUUCCUAAGAAUUAACUGGUUGUUGGAAGGCUGUGCUUCCUGCGUGUGUCAUGUUUCCUUUUUCAAAUGUCAUAAAACUGUGGGAAGCAGUGCAGCCGCGACUUUUGCUCUAGAUCUCAUGCCUUGCAACAUUUCUGAGUUGAGUAAUGUGAUGGGAUAUGGUACAGUGGUACCUCGGGUUAAGUACUUAAUUCGUUCUGGAGGUCCGUUCUUAACCUGAAACUGUUCUUAACCUGAAGCACCACUUUAGCUAAUGGGCCUCCUGCUGCCGCCGCACCGCCGGAGCACGAUUUCUGUUCUCAUCCUGAAGCAAAGUUCUUAACCCGAGGUACUAUUUCUGGGUUAGCGGAGUCUGUAACCUGAAGCGUAUGUAACCCGAGGUACCACUGUAAUUACAAAGUAAGUGCAGCUGUCGUUAGAGCCACUAGUUGGUGGUGGUGAUAAUUGGGUGAUAUAAAAUGCCUGGUUUGUAAUAGAAAUGCCCGCCCUGGCUCCCUCCACAGGUGUGGCUCCCUCCACAGUUUGGUGACAGGAACUAUUUGGAACCUUAGUUUUACUUAGUUAUGUUUGUUUGUUUGUUUGUUUGCUUGCUUGCUUUUCUAAAAAAAUGAGGCACUGAUAUUCAUCUGUUGAUGAAAGAACCAUGGGCGCCAGCAGAAAAUGGCUGCCAUGGGUAGCCAAAAGGGAAAGAAAGGUGAUAGUACUCUGUACCAAUGAGUACCACCACACACACAGUAUUGCCUUUAUUGUGAAGCAAGUCCAAGCUCAUUUGUAAAAAGGACCCCUAACAGUUAAGUCCAGUCGCGAAUAACUCUGGGGUUGUUCACUCAUCUCGCUUUACAGGCCAAGGGAGCCGGGAUUUGUCUGCAGACAGUUUUUCCAGGUCAUGUGGCCAGCAUGACUAAGCUGCUUCUGGAGAAACCAGAGCAGCGCAUGGAAACGCCAUUUACCUUCCCGCCAGAGUGGUACCUAUUUAUCUACUUGCACUUUUUGGAGUGCUUUCGAACUGCUAGGUUGGCAGGAGCUGGGUCCGAGCAACAGGAGCUCACCCUGUCACAAAUAAAUACCAAUGUUGGAGUUUCCCUGAGUCCUGUUGCUCCCUGGCAUUAGGGCAGACCCACUGCAAGUUUGCCUCACAAGGUGAGGCACCCUCCCAAAACACCCAUGGGAUACCAUAGACUACGUAUGUCCCCAAAGAGGGGCAACUUUAGGACCCAUUAGAAUAAAUUAUAAAACUUGCUCAUCUAGUGUAUAACUGAAGUGUGAAAGGUGGAUCCCAACAUGAUCAGCUACACACCUGACUCUUUAAUUCUGAAAGCCAGUAAUUAAAAUUGCAGAGAAGCUGUGAAUUUAAUAGAAAAGAUUAGAAAGAUGACAGGUGAAUUAAGAUGCUUAAACUGUGGUUGCACCAGCUGUUAUCGGGGUCCAAUUGCAUCACACACCAAUGUUCAGCGACCACAUGAAGGGUCACCUGUGUAUUGGCAACACACUGAUGAUAAACAUAUAGCUCAGAGCUUUUGUUGUUGGCUCCUAAUUGGUAAUGUCUCCAUUGGGGCUCCAUGAGCUCCAGAAGGGGUUUCUGCUAUUUACGCCAAAGAAGACCUUUUACUGCUUCCGUCAAACAUUGCUGUGGGUGGUGAACCCAUAAAUGACUUCUCUAGAAAGCUUUCAAAAAUGCUUCUAGCCUAGGUCGAAUCAAAGGGGAAUUUUGUGAAGCUUUUCUGGCUAGUUAGCUGCUUAGCCUCCAGCUGAGAAAGAUAAAGAAUGAAUGUUGUGCAAAUUUUGGAAAAGGAACAAAGAUUUUUAGCUUCAGAUUUAGAGAUGGACUUUCAAAGUGAUUUUUGUACCCAUUCCACAUACAUAAGACUUCAUUGUUGACCUUUAAUCAAGAAUUAUUAUAAUGUUGCCUUUCUGAGACUGCAUAAGACAUUUGUUUUUGUUUUCUGUGUAGUUUUUCAAAGAUUUCUAUUUUCUCAUUUUGCUGUUCAGCUGUAUGAUAAUUUUACUCAAGUUAAAAUUCUACACUGAAUGUCAAUGAACUCUGAGGACCACUCGGUUACUGACCUUUGUGUAAAUAGUCUCUGACUACUUAGAGGCUUAACUCUUGAUAAAUGGGUUACUACAUUGAAAGCUGAUGGGUGUUGAAAAUGGAUGUACAAACUGUUGACUAAUUUCACUCCAUAGGAUCUUUGGAGCUUGUUUCUCUGUUUCUUCCUCUUUUUACUUCAACUGGUGAGGAAAAAUAUAUGUAUUUUUACAAUGUUAGCUUUGGAUAAAACAAUAAGAACAUGCACCUCAGCAACUUAAAUAAAUUACAAAAUAUACUGUGACUAGAUUGUAAUGGUCUUAACAGUAAUUAAGGAAAUAAAGGAACAUUCUGUGAAAAGUGUUAAGCUAAGCUGCUUUUUUCUGAAACUCUUGUUUUACUAGGUUAUAGAAUAAGUAAUAAUUUGAAAUAACUAUUUCAAAUACUCCUGGGCACAAGAUGAAUUUGCUAUAUUAACUGAAGAAGUUUUCAGAGUAUUUUAUGGCCAAACAGAUAUAGGAGAUCCAUGACUGCAUGUCUUGAUAUUUUAAGUUUUAUUUAAAAGCAGAGAUGUGUGUUGGGAAGGAGGAAUCUAAAUUGGAUUGGAACAGCAGAACUGGAAUAUGUUGAUAUCUCUUCCUUCUUGCAACAGUUUUCUGAUAUAAUACACUGCAGCUACUCUUUUUCCUACUGGGAACAAAUAUUUAUUCUUGUAAGCAUGAGUGUUCUUUAAAAGCCUACUUAAAGUCAUUGUCUUAAACUGUUAUUUUAUUACAAUGGUGAUGAUGAUGUUGCUGCUGUUCUUCACUAACACAACUCAAAAUUCCUAUAGAAGAGCAAAGACCAUUUGUUAAUGGGGGGGUGGUUGGGGAGGGGGACAAGUCAGGUCUCUGUUUUUAUGCUGAUUAUGAAUCCUGGGGUGGCUGCUGUACCCUCAAUUGAAUUUUCCCUUCUGUGCAAUACUUAAGUAUGUUUUCGCCUAUCACUUCAGGACUGAAGUGGUCUAAGUGACUUCUGCUGCGAUUCUUCCUUCUACUUACCCACUUACUUCUCCCAUGUAAGAGUGCAUAGAAUUUAAACCUUAAAGGCACAGGAAAUGUCUUAGGUCAGGGUAGCUACAGGCAGAUCUGCAAGCUGGUGAAACUGCUGUUACAUACAGUGGUACCUCAGGUUACAUACGCUUCAGGUUACAUAUGCUUCAGGUUACAGACUCUGCUAACCCAUAAAUAGUGCUUCAGGUUAAGAACUUUGCUUCAGGAUGAGAACAGAAAUCGUGCACCGGCGGCGUGGUGGCAGCGGGAGGCCCCAUUAGCUAAAGUGGUGCUUCAGGUUAAGAACAGUUUCAGGUUAAGUACGGACCUCCGGAACAAAUUAAAUACUUAACCUGAGGUACUACAGUAUCUUUAGACAUCAGGCCUUUGGUUUUUAAUUAUCUAUGGCCUUUUUUGUAUGAGUGGGAUGUUUUAAUCUAGCUUUUUAAAUAAAAAAAUAGAAUGGUCUUUUAGGUUUUUUUAAUGGUAACUUCAAUGUGUGUGUGUGUUUAAAAUUUUAAAAAUACUAUAAGUUGCUUUGCGUUGCCAUGGCAAAAAAAACCCCUAAUAAAUUUAAUAAAGAACAAUGAUAAUAAUUGUUGCACUAACUGUUGCAAAAGGCCUUGAUGAGGGAGGAACUGAGCAGAGGGAGUAAAUAUUACAUUUAUGCUUUACUUUCCUGCCCUGCAAUCUCAGUCAAAGAGGGUUCCUAAAGUGGAAGCUAAUAAUGAACUGAAGAGGAAUUUGACUAUCAAGAACACCCAAUAGAUACUGGGCAAAGGAGAUACAAUUUUCUACAACGGCAGUUAUUUGGGCAGGGCUGGUCCAAGGCAAUUUAGCUACCUGAGGCAAAGCAGCAAAAUACUCCCCCUUGACCUCCAUUGAGUUAUCUCUUCACAAUUACACAAAUGCCGCUACCAGGUGGUAAAAAAAUAAAUAAAAAUGCAGCAAUAAUUAAUUAAAUAGGUAGCAAUUUGCUGCUUUUCAUGACACCCAAAAUCUGUUGCCUGAGGCAGCUGCCUCCCUCUGUCACAUGAUAGGGUCGGCCUUAUAUUCAGACUAUUCUGCAUGAGGGGUGGAAUAUUCUGAGGCUUAGGUAAGGGUGCAAAUGAAGGCCUUCACUUUAUUUUUCAGCAACAGCUACCCCAGGGCCCCAUCAAAAUAUUUAGACCACUGCCACCAUUUAGUUAUGGGGGGGGGGAUAGAGCUGUCUAGCAAUGUAAAUUGCUGCGGUUUUCUUUUCUUUUUUAAAAAGACUAAUUGUAACUCAUACUGGAAGCUGUCAAGCUGAAGCUUAGAUUUAUUUUAAGUAAGUGGGUAAGUAAAUAAGUAAGUAAGUAGGUAAAGUGGAGAUGAACCAUGGACCUACUGACUUAGAAGAAUUUCAUUUCAUUUUACUCAGUGAAACCAUACAAGUACAAAAGAGAGCUUUAGAAAAUUGUCAUUUGGUUUGCAAAGUUGGGACACAUUAUUAUCAUUAUCAUCAUUAUUUAGCAGCGUAAAGAGGAAGAUCAUGCCUGAGCCAGUUACUUUGCGCAGUAUUAAGAAAAUCGGAGAAGACAACUAUGGCUUUGAGCCGGAAGAAUCACGUAUGAUGUUUUCCAUUUUAUAUACCUCUUGACUUUAGGCACAUGUCAGUAAAUCUCUUCAAGACCCAUUUGCUCAUAUCAUCCCAAGCUCGUGGGGUUUUUUUUUGGGGGGGGGAGUAUUUGCUUGCCCACUCACUACUGCUAACUCCUCCUCUUCCUCUGGGUGGAAAAGUUAACAAAUUAUCUGGCAUGAUGUGGAAGGAGGAUAUGCAGCUCAAGAGGAUUGUCCUCUUCCCCAAGUUCCAGUGUGCAAUAGACCAGUUUGCAGGGGUUGUGGUUGGUCCCAAGACUGAUAUUCUCUUUUUGAGCAUCUCAGGAUCUUGGAUGCGGAGUGCUACCUUUCUUAGCUGGAGAAGGAGGAAGAGGUAGCAGCAGAGGUGAUGAGCAGGCAAGAUUAAGUCUCAGAAUUUUGAAAUGGGGCAACCAGCUGCCCCAUCUUGAUGUGGUAUUUUCUGCAUUAGAUUGACCCCCCCCCCAAGUAAUAUCAUGCUUAUUAUUUUAUGUUGUUUCAGAGUUACUUUUUAACUUAUUCCGAAGUGGAAUAGGAGCCUGGAUAAAUACACAUACAUAAUAAAAUACAGCGGCCAUUUUAAUAUAGCGGGAAUUUUCCCAGUGUUUUGUAAUAAUAGAAGCAUCUUAAGAAACAAAAACAGAGCCUUGUUCUGACCUUGACAUACAAGCGCUCCUGUGCCUGAACAUAGUCAUUCUUCGGUUAGCAAUGGCAAGAUGAUACAAUUCUGUGGGAUCUUCUGCAUGCAAAACAUUGGCUCCACCACUAAGUUAUGUCUCUUUCCAUUUCCUGAACCUGUUUUGGGAACUGGUUUGUAGAAUCAGAUCUCCAACAUGAAUCAUUCCAAUUUGGUCCAUUUUGGAUCUUACUGGGAUUUUUGUACGAACUCUUUGAGUUCUCUUUAAUCAAACACUGCCUGUACAUACGGUAAUUAAAAUGGCUUUGUGUGUGUGUGUGGAUUAAUUUUCAAAGAAUGCUAACUAUAGGAUGUGUUUGUUUGUUUGUUUUCCCCACCAGAUAACGGCAUCUGCAAACCAGAGUAAGUAAUGCAGAUAUUUACAAAGUAUUUGGUUGCACAAGUAGGACAUGCAACAAAAUGUUGCAGUGUAGAGAGUCCUUCUGUUCUGGAUUUUAGCCAGCCAUGCCUCAUUCCAUUUCCCCUCUCCUGGUUUUACACCCUCUCCUUCCUUCAACUGUCAAGGAACAUUCUGUGACUACUGAGCAUGCGCAGACCUCAUUUGUCUGUUUUGUUGGUUUUGCCCUCUUCAUUGAACUCCCCCCCCCCAAAAAAAAAUUUUUUUGCACCUCUUUGGUACUUCGUGGGGGGAGGGAUCUCUUGAGCCUGCUGAUACUUUCCCCGUUGUGAGUGGAUGGUGCAGUUUUGGCUGUAUAAAGAUCCACACUAUUCAUUUAUUUGAUGCCUAGAAAGCAGUUUUCAUAAUUCAUUGGUGUGUUUGCAACAUAGGAAAUGCAGCCACUUCAAUUUUCUAAGCUCUAAUAUUAUGCAACUGGUAUGAGUUAAGCAAAAAUUCAGAACACAAUAUGCAAUAACAGAAUACCAGAAGAAAAUGCUACUAUUUCAAUCAAUUCCUCUUACAAUGCAGGUUGGAGCUAUUCACAGGUUUCAUGGCAUGAUGUGACAAUUAACAAUUCCAAGUGCAAAUAUUUUCCACUCUGGCUGCUUUCCUUAGAUAUGACAUUGACUGACAGCCAAUCAAUCACUUUUGUGUGGGUUCAUGGCUGUGGUCUAUGCCACAACAGAAAAUUCUAGAACAGAAUACAAUAUUCUUGCUGGAAAACCCUCUUACAAAAAAUAAAACAAAAAACCCCAGAAUUAAAUACGAAGAGAUUUGUACUAGGCUAUAAUUUGGUGAAAGCAAAACUAAUAUGUCUUAAAAUAGAAACUUGCCUGCUGUAUCACUAUACAGUUGAUGAGAGAAUAUAGCCUUAAGCAAAUUUCUGAGGAGCUGGGCUCCAGAUAUGCGGAAAUAGAGAGAGAAAACACCAAGCCCUUACAUAUGUUUUCACAGCUCAGAACCGCACUCAAACUGAUUAUCACGAAGUUUGGUGCCAGGUACACACAUGAAUGGGAUUUAAGUUUCAAAUUAAGCCUUCUGGUGAGGCAAAACUCAGAGUAGCGUGGAGAUGCAUUCUGGACAUAACUGUCAACUUUUCCCUUUUCUUGCGAGGAAUCCUAUUCGGAAUAAGGGAAUUUCCCUUUAAAAAAGGGAAAUGUUGACAGCUAUGAUUCUGGAAGGACUGGGAUCUGACCGUUUUUACCAGCAGUAUAAUGUAACCUAACCAUUAUAGCAAUAUGAUCAAUGCCCUUCAAAACUGAAAAUUCAUGUUCGUACAGGUGAACUUUGUAUACGAAAGGUUAAUUUAUGCUGAAUUGGAUGGUACUUCUCCCUGAUAUGGCCCAUGCAGAUAGGGAUGAAAAAGCAAUCACAUGCCUUCUCUGCCAAUCUGGUCACUUACACUAAACUAUGGUUUGGCUUAGUGUUAUGUGCAGAUGAGGGCAAAGAUGAGCAUUCCAAUAAGAGACCAGUAAAGAUAGGAUAGCUAUCAUUCAGGAAAGUGUUGGCCCCAUUAACUGAUUUGCAUAAUGAGGGACACUAAUACACUUCUGAGGAACUCCACAAGGUGGUGUGGUUUUUUGUUUUUUGUUUUGCCUCUGCCUCUGUAAUGCAGUGGUUUUCAUCAAAUGGGCCAUGGCAGCCUGGGGUACCUUGAAUGAUGGUCAGGGGUGCCGUGGACAACACUGGCCUCUGUCCCUCUUUCCUUCCCUCCCUCCUCUGAUGCCCUCUCACAUCUCUGCCUCCCAAAGGCUUGUACGACUGUGUGUUGCAGCAGCCCUGGCUACAAGCUCUGCUGGGGCUGACCAGGGGGUGCUGGUUGCCAGGAGCUCAGGCGGCCUUCGAGUAAGCAAGCAAGUGGGUGAGGGAUCCCAGCCAACCAGUCCACCAGCCUUUGCUGUUGGGAAUGGACAGACAAGUCCCAGGUCCCUGUGGGGCAGUGUGAUGAAGCAUCUCUUUUUGGGGCAGGGGGGCAGCUCAGAGACUAGGGGCGGCAGCCGUGACUGCCCAGAGGACUCCCAAGCAGAGGGGAGAGGAAAAGAGGCUGAGGGAACACUCCACAAGGGAGGGUGUUCAAAAAAGGGUGAGAGGCCGCCAGCUCUGUGGGCCAGGGGUGACAUAACUGGGCUCCUGAGACCCACAGGGGUGCUGUAGAAAGAAUGUAGCUGGUCAAGGGAACUGUGGACUCAGAAAGGUUGAAAACCUCUGCUGUAAUGAUUUUGGGUAGAAAGGUAACAGGAAGGAAAGGUGUUAACCAUAAAGCACCCUUCUUCAUUUUCCCCCACUCAACACUGCCUUUCCCCAAAGCUGCUUUUUCCUAGGAAAAGCACAGAGACCUGUAGGCAUUAUUCAUGUGUAAUUCUUGAUGGCAGCUAAGACUGUGAGGACUUGCCUGAGGCCACUCAGGGAGUACAAGAGGAACCUAGGCCUCUAAGGAGUAAAUCAAACUGUCUCUCCCUUCUGAACAAUACUGAUUUUUCAAGUAUCCACCCAGGCUAUCCAACAGGAUAGUUAAUGCUCUUUAUACUAUAGUGGACCAAUUAUGGGAUUAGCAGGGUCUGGGAAGGGUGCCAUCCCCUGUUAUAUUCUUCUCUCAUUGUUAUAGCGCUAUACGAAAUUUUUCCUGUGGGAGUGCAGCCAGAUGAAGCAAUGAGGUGGAAUAUUAAGAUAUAUAGGAUAAGACACAGCUUAUGAUCCUAUAACCAGAACUGCCUCAAACACUCUCACAUCAUGUACCUUUGAAGAUCCUCUGAGCCUCAGCAUUAAGCCAGACAGUCCCAACCUUAAAAUUAAUGGUGCAUUAAAGAAUUCUUACUCCUUUCCUUUAAGAGUUCCGCUAGCACUGCCUUCCUUGUAGGAAUGGAAGAGAAAUUUGAUUUUGUUUGCAUUUUAAUGAGAUACAUUCCAAUUCACUCUUCCCCAACAAAUACAUGAACUGAAAUGCAGCCAUACUUGAAAUUUGACCUUUCUUGAAUUUUUCUAUUCAGUGUACAAAAAUGCAUGAAUUAGGGGGGAAAUGUCAUAAAAAUGGAUGAAUAUUAGAGAAAAUAGCAUGCAAAAAUGCAUUAUAUAUGGGGGAAAUGCUUGGGAAAAUAUGUAUUUAAGUCAAAACUGCAUACAAAAAUGUGUUCAUUAGGGGAAAUUUGCACUAAAAUGCAGGUGCAUUUUCAUGAGAAUUAUUUUUUACAGUCAUAAAUCGGUGUAGAAAUGUGAAGAGAACAGCAAUGGGGAUGGGCUGUCCUGGGGACUAAUGGUAUCAAAAGGGCACAAAAAUCAGACCUGUUGAAGGAAUAGAGCUUUUUAGAACCUUUGUUGUAAUCUACUUUUUAAGGGGGCAGGUUUCAAGUCUGUUAAAAAUAAAGUCCAGUUCCUUGUAUUUCAAAUGCCUCUUUUCAAAAUGAUGAUCUUGUUGCAACUGAAGCCAUAACAAUGUCCCAAGAUGAUAACAUACAUUUUGAUAGAUAAAAUAAAUUUGAAUGGAAGUGCAUGGGAAUAGGCCCCUUAAGAGUACUCACAUGGAUAUUGCCUUGCCUUUCACAGGUAUUUCCAUAAUAAAAAGGAAACUUCUUCAAAGAGCAAUACAAAAGGGAACAAGUAAGUUAAGCUGGUUACUCUUCUAUCAGGAUAAUUGCUGGGCCCAUUCAUUCUGCUAAACUUUGCAGGAGUGACAGAGGGUGGUAAAGGAGGCAAAAUCUCUGGGACAAGAUGUGCUGACAGCCAUCCUUCAGACAGUUUUCAAAUGCGAUUAGACAAAUAAUUCGCGGAGGCUAGGGCUAUUAACUGGGUGCUAGCCAUAAUGGUUGUAAACUGUGGCCAGGAUCAUGAUGGGGAGGAACUGUGUGUGAGAGAGGGUUAUUGCCCCCUUGUGUCCUGUUUGUGGGCUCCCCAAAUGUAUCUUUUGGAAACUGGGUGCUGGACUAGAUGUGGCCUUUGCUCUGAUCUUGUGGGGCUCUUAUGUAAUAAAGAAAUGCAACACGUCAGUCCCGAAAUGUAAUAACCCAGCAUGAACCCAUUUCUAGAAACUCCUUACUUCUUUACAAAGACCCCAGCAUGCACUCACAUACCUCACUUUCUACCUCACAAGACCCACUUCAUGCCACUGUGUAAGACAGGUAAUCAUUUACCAUGAUGUGUGUGUGUGUGUGUGUGUGUGUGUGUGUAACCAACAACUUAAUACUUUAAUCAUCUGUAUCAUCCAGAUCUAUGGUGGCAAUAAGAUUCUUUUCCACUUCCCUUCUACCAAGUGCUAUUUUUCUAGGGGGGAAAAAGUGCUGGAACUCACUAUUAACACCUCCCUUGUUCUCUUAUAAUGGCAAUGGCGCCCACCUGAGAGGGGCCGGAGCUGAAUUCUGGCGGGGGGGCUCGGAGCCCUGCUUCUAUGUAAUAUUUCUGCUCACGUGCAGAAGAUUCGCUUCAUCAUUGGGCAGGGCAAUACAGAUUGGUGCAUAAUGUGUGGUAAAUUCUGUUAGAAUAUAUUGGGUGUGUGUGUGUGUGUGUUUGUGUUUUCAAUGCAAGUAUUGAUGCCGUGCAAGUAUAUGGGUGGUUCAAUGACAGCAAUAUCAAACCACAGCUUGUAACUCUUCAGGCAGCACAAAUUUAUCCCUCAGAUUAAUCUGCCAGCCUCUCCCAUCUCUGCCUCAUUGUUCCAAGAACCGCCUUGCCUUCUGUACUAUGCUCACUCUUCUUCUUUUGGGGCCUAAAAUAGGUUUCAAUUGUGGCUGGAUCUAGAAUAACAAGAGUCUCCUUUAAUUUGUCAAGGAAAGCACAUUCUUUCACAGAAGUCAGAAAAGGGCGUUACAGCAAACUUUUAUAUGCUAUUUUUGCAAAUGUUUUGUUAUAACACCAGUCAAUAUUGAUUACAUGAGGGGGGCUUUUGAGAUAUGCUCCUGUAGUCCAGCAUCUGUAAAACACCACUUAGGGAACAUGCCGUGAAACUGGAUUUCUCAAGAACGCAGUGUGUGUGUGAAAAUAUUGGAGAAUUCUUGACUGUCUUGGAUUGAUUCAAUGGUGGGGGGAAGAGGCUGCUGGUGGUAGGAUGGAGCUGCCUUUACACAUAGACUUCUUUGGCACUGUGAAGAGGUUCUUCCACCAGGCAAUACAACAAAAGGAAUUUGAUUCCUAGCAUAUCUGGGGGAAAGAAUACAAUUUUCAUAAUACAACACAUUUUGCUUUCUUUCUUUUUUAAACAGGACAUCAGAGAAGAAUGAGAUUCGAGUUGGCUUCUUUGAGUUGGUAAUAAAAUUGUUGCUUUUCACCACUUCGUAUAUCUGCUGUGGUUCUAUAGAUCAGGGUGGUCAGAUUCCCAGCUUAUAGGGUCGUCAUAAUCGCAACUACCCCUUUGGAGAUUCAAGUACAAAUGGAGACAGCUUUGUAUUUUGUUUUUCCAAAACUGUUAUGGGGAGCCUGAUGUUCACUGUGAAGGUGGUGCAUGUCGUUACUCCAAGAAGGAAUGGUGGAGCUUAGCAUUAAAGGUAAAGGUAAAGGGACCCCUGACCAUUAGGUCCAGUCGUGACUGACUCUGGGGUUGCGGCGCUCAUCUUGCUUUAUUGGCCGAGGAAGCCGGCGUACAGUUUCUGGGUCUUGUGGCCAGCAUGACUAAGCCACUUCUGGUGAACCAGAGCAGCACACGGAAACGCCGUUUACCUUCCCACCGGAGCGGGACGUAUUUAUCUACUUGCACGUGACGUGCUUUCAAACUGCUAGGUGGGCAGGAGCUGGGACCGAGCAACGGGAGCUCACCCCGUCACAGGGAUUCGAACUGCUGACCUUCUGACUGGCAAGUCCUAGGCUCUGUGGUUUAACCCACAGCGCCACCUGGGUGAAAUCCAGUGCUAUAGUUCCACUCAUGGAGUGGCUUUUGACUCAGAAGAGCAUCUAUUAAUGCAAAAGAAGGGAGGUGAUUUGCACUGAUAUCUCUCUUCCAUACACAACCCUUGUGCCUUCUUCCACACUUAUCUAGAGGGUCCUACAAGCUUCUGCAACAGAUUUUCAGUUCUCAAGGGACUGUAGCAGGAAGGUGGGAUGGGAAAACAACUUCCGUUUAUUUUAGUGGCCACCUCUGCUGGAUCAAAGCCAUUCUGCCAGUGAAGCAACAGCCUUGGGUUUCAGCCAUUGUUAGUAAGAAAAACAAUUGGAACAUUCAUAUACAAAGGAGCGAUGCAUAAUUUUUUUGUGAAUGCUCUUUGUCUGUUUCCCCCCACUUAAAGUUUAGAUUUGCUUCUUCAUCUGAGAAACUGAUGAUGGUUUUCGGUGGCAUCUGCGCUGCUCUUCAUGGAGCUGCCCAGCCAGCCAUGUUGAUUGUCUUUGGGGUGAUGACAGACACAUUUAUUCAAUAUGAUAUCGAGAAGCAAGAGCUUAGUGACCCAAACAAAGGAUGUGUGAAUAACACUAUAGUGUGGAUCAACAGUUCCUAUCAUCAAAACGACAAUAAUACACCAGUGAGUUGUGGGUAAGUGAACAAGACAUUUUGCAUUGUGUCCGGUGCUAAUACUACUCAGAGUAGCCCCAUUGAAGUUAAAGAACAUGACUAACUUGGGUUCAUUAGUUUCAUCAGGUCGACUAUGAGUAGAGGCUGGACAUAACCUUACAGUAAUAUUUCAAUAUUUCGAUAUUUAUAGACCUUGCAAAUGAGCAAAGCAUUUUAUCUCCCCUGUUAUUAAAUGACAUUGUCUGAAAUCUUCUGCAUUCUUGCACAGAAGACAAACCAAUGAUACUCCAGGUCAGUUUACCAGCCUGCCUUCAUAUAUGUGUGAUUACACCACUGGUCGUUGGCUCUGUAGUUUUGCAAACCCCAUGCCUUAAAUAAUAUUCCCAUACCAUGUCCUAUCUCAGUUGGACUAAUGUCAUCUCCUCUCCAGAGCUGGAGGUGUUGCUACUUUGUUCAUUUCCUGGCUGAUAAUUGCUCAUUUUAAUUUAUGCUUCCCCUACCAUUGAGUCUAGCCAGCUUUGCCAACUGCUGGCUCUUACUAGAACGUGUAAAAAUAUAAAUUCGUCAGUCAUUUUUCUAAGAUUUGCUUUGUACUGCCCUGGUUCUGUAGAAGUAAAAAAAAAGAAAAAGAAAGAUAUAUCUUUACUUUUGGCAUUUAGAACUACAGUAUUGUGCACAAUUUCAACUGGAAAAUCACACAAAGGUAAAUGUCCUUUGGCUUCAAAAGUUGUAGCUGCAACCCACAAGUCAAUAGUGGUUGAGUACUUGGAUUUCAGGGCCAAAGAUAAUUGAGCUAAACUUAAGGUUGAUUCACUUGUCCCACCUAAGCACUGGGUUUUUUUUGGCAGUGGUUCAGAUUCAGCACUCUUACGCAUGUUUACAUAAAAGUAAGUCCCACUAUAUGGAAUAGGACUUGCUUUCAGGUAUAUGUGCAUAGAUUGCAUCAUUAGUCUUCCACAAUUAAAUAGUUUGAAACUGGAUCAGUUUAUGCAAAUGUUGAACAAUAACUAAUAUUCCUUCUUUGUUUUGCCCUUGUUGAAUUACACAUCAACCAGUUAGCAUUUAAUGCUUUUAAUGUUUGAUGUUUUACUGAGGUUUUAUAAUUUGUUGGAAGCCACCCAGAGUGGCUGAGGCAACCCAUUCAGAUGUGUGGCAUAUAAAUGAUAUGUUGUUAUUAUUAAUAUUAAUAUUAAUAUUAAUGGAGAAUAUGGUGGACCUAUUUUGUCAGACUGUCUGCUACUUACAGUGCAUAUUAUUUUGGAAAGUCAGUUUUUUGUUUUCACUAUAAUCCAUUACUCUGCCCUCUCUGAAUUCAUACCCAAAUAUUAACUGAGGGAAAAGAACAAUGGAAAUAAGUUCAUCUAGCUGCUAAUGAAGUUACAUUAUUUCUCAUAUUAAUUUUGCCUACAGGCACAUCGAUUCAAGAUGGACUGAUUUACCAAGGUCAUAUAUCUUCUUUAAUUCUUUCUUUAUCUUUCAGGUUGCUGGACAUUGAAAUGGAAAUGAGUUAUUUUGCAAGUUACUAUGGGGGAAUAGGCUGUGCAGUGCUUGUGCUGGCAUACUUCCAGGUCAGUACAGUGGUACCUCAGGUUACAUACGCUUCAGGUUACAGACUCCACUAACCCAGAAAUAGUGCUUCAGGUUAAGAACUUGCUUCAGGAUGAGAACAGAAAUCGGGCUCCAGCGGCGCGGCAGCAGCAGGAGGCCCCAUUAGCUAAAGUGGUGCUUCAGGUUAAGAACAGUUUCAGGUUAAGUACGGACCUCCGGAACAAAUUAAGUACUUAACCUGAGGUACCACUGUAUUAUUAUUUACUUCCUCAUAUUGUUUUCCACAAUAGAAAAUGGCUUACCUGAAAAACAACAAAAAGGCAGCUAAACUCCUUUCUCCACAGUUGGGACACAGUCACAGGGCAUUUCCAGUUUGGAGUGCAACCACCCAGAAGGCCCUGCCUUGUGUUCCCAUUCAUCCCUCCCAACUUCCUGUGGACAUUUGUUGACUGGAAUCCUUCAGCUAUGGGCAUUGUGAGGCAAUUUUUAUGCUGCUGUCUCAUGGUGAUGAUCCAGAUCCAGUUAUAUACAUGUCCAUGUGUUUAGUAGCCCUACUGGAGUAGGUUUGUAAGCCUGAGAUUUGUUCCCAUGCUCCAUGUCAUGUAGAAUGCACACAAAGGGACCAAGUGUUUAUUUGCCCUUUAAUCAUAAGAGUUAACAGAAGUGGUUUGGUUUUUUUACAGUUAGCUCCUCAAUGUCAAGAUCAAUAAUGGUAGGCAAGGCUCUCUGGAGGCAGCUUGCCCACCACAUUUCACCAUGCCUUAUAAAAUGCAGCUGCAAUGUGCAAGGUUUGAGUAUUCUAGGGUGUAUUCUAAAUCCUGAUGGGAAGGCCCAACUAUCUCAGACAGCAGCAGUGAAUUUGCUCCUCAAGAACACUAUGUGGCUUACAAUGUGACGUGGAAAGGGUUCUGUGGAGGUAGAAAUUUAUGAAAGCAGUGCAUGUUACGACCUGACUACUGUUCCCAAGCACAUAAAAGCACCCUGUUAUGUACUGUACUUUUCUGUGUAUAAGAUGCCCCCAUGUAUGACGCCCCCUAUUUUGGGGGACUCAAAUUUAAGAAAAUUGGGGGAGAUGGCACGGAGUUGUUGAGUUUUUUGGGGGGAAUUACGUAGGGUUGUUGUGGGGGGUUGCCGAAAAUCGCUCACCCGCAUGCGUCCAAAAAGCUGCCUCUCAAAUGUCCCCUCGCUGGCAGAAGCUGCCAGUCGCCCGCCAAAUUACCGCAGCUUCAGCCACUCAACACCAGCCAUUGAUGCAGGAACCAAUAACACGCCCAAUAGCCGCUGACAGCCGUGGCAGCAACCAGUCAAAUGUCCAUCCUAUGCACUAUCCAUGUAUAAGACGAUCCCUCCUUUUUAGCAUAAUUUUAAAAGAAAAAAACCUAGUCUUAUACACGGAAAAGUACGGUAUAUAUUCUGUUCCUGGUUAAAGCCAGGCAAUUCCCACUAAUGUAACUGUGUUAAUGGCUCCUGCCAGUCAUUGUAGCAUAUAUCUGUAGAUGCCGGAAUCAACCUAUAAAGCAUGUGCAGGGUUUUUAUAACAGAAAUAAUCAAUGCCAAAUAAACCCAAAAUUAGAAUUUUUUUUUCCAUUUAGCUGGCUGUGCUGUCAAUAUUUGCAUCGUGUUUUCGUAGUUGCUAGAUGAUCACCCCCUCCCCCUUUUAACCGUGACUUUCCUUAUCUCUCAUUCUUCCCUACCCCCUACAGAUCAGCUUAUGGGUAAUCUCAGCCGCUCGACAGACACAGAAAAUCAGAAAAGCCUAUUUCAGGAAAAUAAUGAGGAUGGAUAUAGGCUGGUUUGAUUGUACAUCAGUGGGGGAACUCAGUACACGUAUUUCUGAGUGAGUAAUCUCAGACAUCCAGUGGUGGAUGAGGUCAGCAUGUUUUUAAGACGCUGCAUGCUAAUGAGUAGUCUGUGCGAGGUUAUGUGAGUGAAGAAUAAUAUCUACAGUAUUACUUGUACCAGACUGGGGUCUGACUCCAAAGCAGAGCUAAUAUUCCACUGGAUUUUGCUAGCAAUGUGAGAGAAAAUUGGUUUGAAUUUGCACUUCUUAGAACAAUAAAUGAGUUGAAAACAGAGCUGGCUUUCCAAAUUCACACUUGUGAUGCAGUUCUUUGAUUAAAAAUGUGUAGAAAAAUGCAUAUAUUGGGGAAAAGUGUACAUUAAAAAUGCAUGUAUUAGUGAAAAUCACAUACACAAAAUGCAUUACAUAAAGGAAUACUGCUUGCAAAAAAAAUGUGUGCAUUAGACAAAAUUACAUACAAAAAUGCAUGUUCACACUGAAACCACUUUGAGGUACAUAAAUUUGAUGAAAUAAUAAUAAGGAAACACUGAUGCAUUUCUGUGAGGACAUUAAAAAAAUAAUAAUCACAAACUGAUGAGAAAGUGCUGCAAAGACCAGAAAAAAUGAGAAACUAAAAAAACCAAAACUGAUGGAUUUGUCCAUCUUUAGCAGCUGCUGAAAACAACAGGUAUUAAAAGGGUAGAAGAUGAAAGUAUUAUCUCUGCUUGAAACUUCCUACCAUUAGGAAACCAUUACUUUGCAUGUGUGUUCAGAUGUCGAAAAGGCCACCAUAGGCACUUAAGCAGAGAUGUAGAAGCAGGUGGGAGGAAGCAGCCAUGAGCCUCACAGGGAGAGGGUGGAAACACACAGAUAGCAAGGCAGGUGUGUCAUGUAGACAUUUUCCCAGCAAAAAAAUCUAAGGCCUUCCCUAACCUGGUACCUUCGACGUGCUUUGGACUGCAUCAUCCUCAGCCAGUGCAGUUGUAGUCCAAAACAUCUGGAAGGCAGCCCUGUUUGCACCAUCAACUGGCCUGCCAUUUUUUCACAAGCUGGUGAUGCUUGAUGAGCAUGUCCUUUUGUUGCUAAGUGACCCUGCCAAUGCUCAUUCACUCUCCUUUUCCAUGGCUGACACAUAGCACAGCCAGUCUCCAAGCUUACAAGGAGAACUGGAGUGAGGAGGAACACAAGCACAGGUUUGUUGGCAAGUAGAGUCCAAGAGUGGGGUGGUUCGUAAGCCAAAUACCUGUCCCAGAAACCCAAGAACCUAUAGCCUGCCUGGAAUCUAAAAGGAAAGGCUUGUUUACUUCAGACCUCAGUUCCCAAAUGUCUGAACAAAGGAACGAAGAGAUAAAAGCAAAUGAGAUAAAUGGCUCUCACCAAUAUUUCUCCAAUGUAGAAACAAAUUGAAUGAAUAUUUGGGAUUGCAAUAAGGGUCAUAUGCAACUGCUGCUUCAACUUUUUUUGUUCUCCACAGUGACGUAAAUAAAAUAAAUGAUGCUAUUGCUGAUCAAGUAGCAGUCUUUAUCCAGCGGUUCACCACCUUUAUUUGUGGAUUCAUGUUAGGAUUUGUCAGAGGCUGGAAGCUGACCUUGGUUAUUAUCUCAGUCAGUCCACUACUUGGGGUUGGAGCUGCCAUGAUUGGCCUGGUAAGGAACAAUGCCAUUCGUAUCUAAUUAUGGCUGCUUUGUAGUCAUGGAGAACUAUGGCAAGAUUUUAAAGUCGCUGGCUGUUUAAAAACAACAACUACUCCACAGAACUCUGUCAAACCACCUACUAAGGGUUUUUAAAAAUCUGUCCAAUAUCUAUUUUUCACUGUUGUUCAGUAAUGCUGUCUGUCUUUCCUAUAACCAAACUGAGAGCCUCAGUAAACCCAACUGGAUUUUUGCCAUUGACUUCAGUGGGAUGUGCAUGCAGUAAUGGAAGCCACAAUACCUUAGAUCAACCUUUCUCAAACCUGGUGUUCUGCAGAUGUUACUGGAUUACAGCUGGAGUUAUUGGACUACAUCUCCCAUCAGUCCCAAACCAGCAUUGCCAGGGUUGUUUGGAGUUGUAUUCCAGCAACAUCUGGGGGGCAUCCAGUUGGGGAAUGCCACAUUAGGUGAUUUUUGUUGUGCUAUAAGACUCUUCCUUGGUUUUGCUGCACAAGCAAGCACGUCCAGCCUUCUGAAAGCUGACUCUGUGGAAGGCAGGCAUUUAACAAACUCCCUGUCAACCUUGUCUAAACGUUCACAGAGAAAUCCUCUGUGAAGAUGGAAGGCUGACAAAAUCUUUGUAAUAGAAAUAUUAGGUGUGCUGUGUAACAGUUGUAUGAUGGCAUAUGCAACAUCAAUAUUUUAUAUAGCUGAUUCUAGAGCACAGUGGAAUAUGGUGAUGUUGCCUAAAAUGCACCUAUAUAAUGCACUAGAUAAGCCAACCUGAUCUAUCACAUGAGCUAUUUAGCACAUGACUAUGGGUAGGUGAAGUGAGCGAAAAAAGAAAAAGAAAAAGAAGAAUGAAUUUGCUACAUAAAUGUGUCCUUUGUAAAUGUAGAUAACCCAGUGUGACAGCAAGGAGCUUGUACAAUCCAAAGGAGAAAAACCUUCACUGCCUAAAUGAAUCUUCUUACUGAUUGGUUUAGGCUGUGGCAAAGCUGACAGGUCGAGAAUUAAAAGCUUAUGCAAAAGCUGGCGCUGUGGCCGAUGAAGUGCUCUCAUCCAUCAGAACAGUGGCUGCUUUUGGAGGGGAAAGAAAAGAAGUUGCAAGGUUGGUUCGUAUAUCAUGACUGACUCACAGACCUGAAGAAAUUUAAAAGCAACAAAGCCUAUGAUUUUAAGAGCAUAACACGUGCAGGAAGAUGAAUCCUCUCCUUUGCUAUAGCUUAGAUCCACCCAGUCUAUCAUCCCAUACAGUACACUUUCCCCCAAACUUUCUAGUACAGGCAUCCCCCCAGUUACAUUGGGGAUAUGUUCCAGGCCCCUGCACACAUAAGCGAAAAUUGCGUAAGUGGGGAGCAUCCUCUAAAAAGCCUCUAAAUGCCUGUUUCCCCCCUGCUCCCCAGCUCUGUCUCUACUUCUCUCUCUCGCUCUCUCUCUCUUUCUCUCUCUACACAACUCUAUCUCCAACUAGAGUUGAAGCUCUGGGACCAGCUGGAGGACGUGCGAAAAAGUGGCUGCUGCUGUGCUACCCUGCACAUCAGCUGUUAGGUGGGGAAGCUGAGCAGCCCAAACAAAGCCCCGCUGUGCCUUGGGUCUCUUUGGGGCUUCCUCCGCCCUCACUGACGUUCUCUUCGGGCUCUGGAAAGGGUCUUCUUGCAAGCCACAGGGACUCUCCAGCUCGCUACCACUAUUUCUAGGGAUGAACGUAUCAUAUCUAUCUAUCUAUUUCCCAGCACUGCGCAUAUAUGCAGUGACACGCCAGUCAGUCAUGCGUAGGUGGGGAGAAUGCCUGUAUUUCAAUAUGAUAUGGGGAGGAAAUAAGGUGCAGGAAGGGGAAGGGGUCCAGCACCCCUCAUCCAAAAAAGUAGAAGAUAAGACUCCUCCCCCUUGCACUACCCACCCCUUAUUCUGAAUCAGACCAUUGGUCCAAAUUGUUCAGCAUUGCCUACACUGAAUGGCAGCAGAUGUCUGGGGUUUCACGUGUGAGUCUCUCCCAGUCUGACCUGGAGAGGUUGGGGACCGAACUGAGCACCUUGCACAUGCAAAGUGUGCACUCUGCCACUGAGCUACAGGCAUUACACCUGCACCAUGCAAGCAUGCCUCUUUUGUAACUCCUUCAACCCCAAACAUGGCCCUUAUUUAGCCCCUUUGCUGUGUUUUAUUUUUCUCAAAUGAACUUCUUAAAUUUUCCUUUUGUUCUUUCCGCAGAUAUGACAAAAACCUAGUGUUUGCCCAAAACUGGGGAAUUAGAAAGGGAAUAAUAAUGGGAUUUUUCACCGGUUACAUCUGGUGCAUCAUUUUCCUGAGUUAUGCGCUAGCAUUUUGGUACGGCUCAAAACUUGUUCUUGAAGAUGAGGAGUACUCACCUGGCACACUUAUACAGGUAAGGCUUUCAGUGGUUUCCCCCGUUUUCCCACCUCAAAGCACUUGCACUUCCAGCCACCUCAUUGCUUUGAAAAACAAAGUGGGUGCUUUGUAAACUUUUCAGUGUAACCUUAACAGGUGGGACCUGUAGUGUAAAGCUGCAGCGUACCUAGUAGGAGGUAUUCUGUUCAGGGUUCCAGCUAGCCUUUGUGCAGAAUUCUCCUCUUCUUUUGCCACCAUCCCACACAUUUUUCUGUCACACCUCCCUACAGCCAGUCAGCAUUCUAUACUUACCAAGCAUAUUCACUGGGCUGAUAUUUGUGUGUGUGGGGGGGUGUCUCUUGGGGUCAUUUCCUCCUCUCCCCCUCCAGCUGGCUGAGACCUUCCUCCUAUGCACAAAUGGUGUCAUUUUGACUACACAAGGAUUGCCGCUCAGACAACGAAUUCACUAUUAGCAUAUAAGAUAUAUUUCAGAGCAUCCUUUAACCUUCUUUGGAACCUCCCUCUACUCAUCUGAAAAUUUGAAAUGUUUCCCUUAGUUGAGAAAAGAAAACAAUAAUGCCAUUUUAAAUUGCAUUCCUGCCUUCAGAUCUAUAAAUAUCUUUUUUGUACCCUCCUUAAUAUAUCACACAGGGCGAAAACAUUUUUCUGCCUUCCAGAACGAUUCCUUCUAAUUAUAAUUUAAUUUCUGCUCCAAUGCAAUUUUUAAAGCCACCAAGAAAACAUAAUUGUUUUCCCCCACCCCCUUUUCUUUCUUUUCAGGUUUUUUUUGGAGUUCUGGUAGCUGCCUUAAGUCUUGGCCAAGCUUCUCCUUGCCUGGAAGCCUUUGCCACUGGCCGAGGAGCUGCAACAAAUAUCUUUGAGACGAUAGAUAAAGUGAGUAGCUCAACUGGUUCAGCACCACUAGCCUGUGUUGGAGGGUGAAAUAAAUGAGCCUUGCAUCAGCUUAAGGGCUUCUGCCAACAGCACAGAUGAGAAAUAUUAUGGUGAUUAAGGGAAAAAUUGAUUGCAGAUUAAAGCAAACCAGCACCAUGCCUGUGCAUUUGACAAAGAGCGCAUUCGUCCAAGUGGCAGUUCUAAAUGAUUGCUUAUGAAUAUUCAAAGUAUCAGCAAGCUCCAAUAUUUAUCUAUUAGGAGUCAACUCUAUAAGCGGCCUGAUCGCCAAGACACUCAGCUCCGCAAAGUGGUUUCAGGAAUUAAGCCGCUAUGGUCUCUCUUGAUUUAUAAGGAAUGAAGUGAAGCCAAAGGCUCAGAUAAGGGCAUUAAUACAUAUAGUGUUACCAAAGCUUCAGGGAAUGGAGAGAAUGGAAUAGCCAGCAAAUAUAACCCUUUGUAAUCCCAUUGGAGGCAAAUAAGCUACGUCCGUAGCAGCCAGCUGUGCUCUUCUGCUUUUAGCUCUCGCAUAGCAGAAAAUAAUGCUUACUUAACAGCUUUGAUGCGCGUGAUUAGAGAACGAGACGAGUGGGUCGUAGGAAAAUGUGUAUAAUGUCUUGCACUUUUUAAAGAAUAUCUUUAGCAGUGCAAUCCUGUGCAUGGCUACUCAGAUGCAAGCCUGAGUUCAAUGGGAUUGACUCCCAGGAAAGCCAAAGUUAUUCCCCAAGCAUGGUCUGGGCAUGUGGUCUCUUUGCAUAGCAGGCACAUUGUGCCCCUUGACUCAAAGACCAGGUGAAAGGUGGACAGCACGGAACUUGGGGGUGGAUGAAAACAGGCCAAAACUUUACAGAUUGCAGCAAAAUGAACAGAGUUGGCAUGGCAUAGGGCCAGGAUCUGUUAACAUCCUUAGACUUCUCAUCUGAAGUCCGAUUCACCAUCUCAAUUCACCUGUUGGGGAGUGCCAUGGAAGUUGACUGGCAUCUAGGGAGGCAGUGUGGGGGCUACCCAAGUGGCAGGCAUCCCAUUGGUAAUCUGAAAUGGGUGGCUCCAUCCCCAGCCAACCCCAGGCUCCGGCCAGGAGCUGGAGCAACUCCUUAAGACCCUCUUACAAGGGUCUUCCAUAUGUUUGGAUUCUACCCAGUGCAAAAAAGAGAGAGAAAGCAGCUUUUCUACAAGGGAAGUAAUAUAACCGAUUAACUCUGCCCCAGAAACCUGUUAUUGACUGUAUGUCAGAAGAUGGCUACAAGCUGGAUAAAGUCCGUGGUGAAAUUGAAUUCCAUAAUGUGACUUUCUACUACCCAUCCAGGCCUGACGUAAAGGUAAGAGCUUCACUUUUCUGGUUAACCAUUAUAGCAGCUUCCAUGUACUGCUUUGAACAUCAGGGAAAACACUUUUUAAACAUGUGAUCUUUUUCAUUUUUAUUUCCAGAUUUUAGAAAAACUCAACAUGGUUAUCAAGGCAGGGGAAACAACAGCUUUUGUUGGACCCAGUGGAGCUGGAAAGAGCACCACAAUACAGCUCAUCCAGCGAUUUUAUGACCCUAGUGAAGGCAUGGUGAGAGCUUUACCUAACUUCAUUGUAAGAGAGUGGUCACUUUCAUUUUCAUCCCUCCCCCCACCCUUUUUAAUUAAAAAUCCUGUAAACAAUUACAUAACUUCCAUUUUCAUUUAAAGAAUCCUGGGACAUGAUUCAUUCCCACUGUGGGUAUAGAGCAGGGGUAGGCAACCUAAGUUCCGUGGGCAGGAUGCAGCCCAAUCGUCUUCUCAAUCUGGCCCGUGGACGGUCCAGGAAUCAGCAUGUUUUUACAUGAAUAGACUGUGUCCUUUUAUUUAAAAUGCAUCUCUGGGUUAUUUGUGGGGCAUAGGAAUUCGUUCAUUCCCUCCCCCCCCAAAAAAUAUAGUCCAGCUCACCACAUGGUCUGAGGGACUGUGGACCCAUGGCUGAAAAGGUUGCUGACCCCUGGUAUAUAGCAGAGAUAGGGGAGAAAUUAGAUUCAGUUUGCAUUUAAAGGUGAACAUACGUAAUUUGCGCUUUCUGAAUCAAUAUAUGAAGUGAAAUCCAGCCAGCCUUUGAAAUUCACAGUUUUCUGAAUUUUGCAGUGCAGUUCUCCAGCAGAGUAGCAUGUACAUAGAAUAGGGUAAGGUAAAAAGGUAAAGGACCCCUGUAUGGUUAAGUCCAGUCAAAGGCAACUAUGGGGUUGUGGUGCUCAUCUCGCUUUCAGGCCGAGGGAGCCAGCGUUUGUCCACAGACAGCCUUCCGGGUCAUGUAGCCAGCAUGACUAAGCCGCUUCUGGUGCAACGGAACACUGUGAAAGAAGCCAGAGCAUAUGUAAACACCACUUACCUUCCCGCCGCAGCGGAAUCUAUUUAUCUACUUGCACGGGCAUACUUUUGAACUGGUAGGUUGGCAGGAGCUGGGACAGAGCAGUGGGAGCUCACUCCAUCGUGGGAUUCGAACUGCCGACCUUCCGAUUGGCAAGCCCAAGAGACUCAGUGAUUUGGUUACAGCGCCACCUGCCACCCUCAUAGAGUAGGGUACAAAGUGCUUAAAGGCAUUGAUUAGUAAAUAUAGCAUAUAAAACUGCAUUGUAUUAGGGAAAUUGCAUUUCAGAAAUGUGUGUAUUAAGCAAUAUUCAUGCUAAAGAACUUUCAUGGGUACUUUUUUUGUUAAAAAAAUCACGUAGUAGUGUGGAAAUAUGAAAACUGGGAGAAACCAAAAUUGACAGAUUCAUCUAUUCCUAGUGUAGAGUCUAUUCCAAUAUCAAAUAUUGAGUGACUGAACAAGUGUAUUAUGACUAUUUAUCCUGCAAACAACUUGUUGUUGUUGUGUAGAUUACUCUAGAUGGACAUGAUAUUCGCUCGCUUAAUAUUCAGUGGCUGCGUUCUUUGAUUGGCAUAGUUGAGCAGGAACCAGUCCUGUUUGCUACCACCAUUGCAGAGAACAUUCGCUAUGGUCGGGAAGAUGCCACUAUGGAAGACAUCAUCAGAGCAACCAAACAAGCCAAUGCCUACGACUUUAUCAUGGAUCUGCCUGGGGUAAGGCAAGCUUCAGUUUACAAUAUUCAAAAUCCUGAUGUGACUGCAUGCCUAUCUAGCUUCUGACCUACAAAGUCAUGCACAGCUCACCAGUCAGACAUUGUGGUCUUCCAGAAGUGUUUAUCUGUUUUUGCAGCCUCAGGCAGGCAAUGAGAACAGAAUGUUUAUCACACCUUGGUGGGUUCUUAUACGUGGCUGGUGGUGGACAAUUACUGUGUAGGUCUAUGCGCAGUGUUCAAGACAAUAUGGACACUUGCCGUCUUCUACAGUGGCCACUAUCUUCUGAAGUUUACUUGUGGUUCCUUCCUUCAAAGGAGAGAGAGAGAAAGUAGAUUUUUUUGGUGAUGCCAGUGUUUAUUGGCUGCAAUUCCAAGGUGUGUGCCUGAGCCACUCAUGCACCUACUAGGAGUUUCUUGGGUAAAUUGCUUCUCAGCAGACAAUCCCCUGUUGGAUUAAAACCAUUAUUGGUAUUUCCUUUUCCUUUUUUCCUUUUCCUUUUCCUUUUCCCGGGUAAUGAAGAGACAUAAAGUGAUGUUUAAAUGUACAUGGUUGUUCUCAGUAAGUUGACUGCUAGUAGAAGGAUAAGGACUUUCAAUGGCUGUGUUCUACCUCCACUGUCAAAGUUGCUGGGGAACACAAGUUGGGGGGUGGAGGAGUGCUGUUGCAUGUAGGUAUUGGUUGUGGGCUUCCAUAGGUACCUAGUUGGCCAUUAUGGCCAGGUGUUCUUAUCUUCAAAGAUACACAUAUAAGAGACUUGCUUCUUCAGGUGCCUUGAUAUUUUUGGGGUGGGUUAGGGUGUACAACACAUGUCAUUCUCAAACUUAUUUUGACAAUUUCGAGGGGACCUAGCCAUAUCUCCAUGGCAGAGCACAUGCUUUGAUUGUGUAAGCUCCACCAAAAAGACCUUAGCUAGAAAGCCAGCUGAAAUUUAUUGUCUGAGAUCCAGGACACUCAAAAAAGAUAGAUAGCACCCGGUUAGGUGGAUCAGACUUCUAUUCAUGGUUCUGUUUCAUGCAGAGAGGAAUAGAAGCUUGUUUUAUUUCCUUAACAAAGAAUUGUGUGGAUGAUACCUGCUUCGGGAUCACAUGGGGGUUUCCUGCUAGACUAGAGAGAUACAUGAGCUCACACCGGCACUGGGAGCACAGACAGAGGAUGGGUGCAGCUCUCACCAUUGAAUAGGAUCGAGGUAAAGACCUUUGUCACUGGUUUCAUAUUCCCAUCCCACCGUUUUAGAAAUUUGACACCCUAGUUGGAGAAGGUGGUGGUCAGAUGAGUGGAGGCCAGAAGCAGCGGAUUGCUAUUGCUCGUGCUUUGGUUCGAAACCCCAAAAUCCUGCUACUGGACAUGGCUACAUCAGCACUGGACAACAAAAGCGAAGCUACAGUGCAAGAGGCCCUUCAUAAGGUUUGGCAUAUUUAAUGAAUGGGCAGAUGGGCAGGGGAUAACAAUAAUAAUAAUAAUAAUUCAAUAUCAUGGAGGUGGGGGUAGGAAACUUUUAAAAACACACACACCCUCUUAAGUAUAAUCUCCUUAAAUGGUAGAGAUUAGUCUCUUCUCCCCUCCACAACUUUCUUUUUAUAAUAAGUUUACAAGAUACAAAAUUAUGGUGAGGUGUGGUUAGGAGAGCUAAUGUGACAUAGUGAUUAUAGUGCCAGAGUAGGAGUGGGAAUCCGAUAUUCAACCCUCACAUUCAGGCAGUCACAAUCUCUGAUGUGAGGAUGAGAUCAGAGUGGGGAAGAGAAAGAGGAAGGGCAGGCUAAAAUCCAGUUAGCAACAACAACAACGACAACAACAGUGCUAUUCAGAGCUUUGCAUUUGCUCCAAUGCACAAUUGGUGUUCUCUGGGUGUUCUUGAAAAGAACGGAGAAGCCUUUAGGAGCAAGCCUGGGGCCCUGCUAUGUGCACUCUGGAACUUGUUGCGUGUUUCCAUAAGAAAAUCAGUAGAGUGGAUGCAAGGUUCUACAGCCUAGAACCUCACAUCGACACAUUAACCAACAAACGUGCAUGCAGUUUCCAGAAUUGUUAGGCUUGUUAGCAGUGGAAACCUGGGGAGGGAGCAGUGCCAGAUCAGAAGCUUGACCUGUGGUGGGGAAGAGUUUACCCCAAAGACUUUCCCAACACAGCUCUCAAAGAGCUGUUGGGAAGAGUCAUGUUGGGGAUUGACAUGGAAGUGGUAGUGUUUCCUGUUCUGAAUGGACCCACUGAAAUCCAUGGGCACGACUGACUGAAGUCCUUUGAUCUCAGUGGGUCUGCUCUGAGUAUGUCUUAAUUAAAUGAAACCCACAGCUUUUAAGCUUCCAACCUUUUGUUCGCAUUUAAAUGGGAGUAGAUGAGUGUUCCAGUACCAGAAUUGCACAGCCAGGAAGCGCACAGGCACAAAGGGUGGGUUAAAAAAGCGCGGGGGGGGGGGAUUGUUCAGUAAAUAGCAGGCAAUGCUGGAGAUGGGAGGUAGGCAUGCUGCUCUUCAAACAUUUGCUUGGAAAUAAAUAUAAAUAUCAGUGCUGGCGUAAGACAGCUUUACGGGCACCCACAGAACGUACAGAUUUCUGUGUACCAGCAUUCAUGUCCCUCUUCCAAGCAUCUCAUAGGUACCUGGUUUGCAACUGUGAGUGGCCUUGAUGGGCCAUUAGUCUGAUCCAAUAGAGCUCUUUGCAUGUCCUUACACCAGUUAGGCUUCAUUCCAUGCUCUGUGACCGACCACACACACAAAAGCAAAGAGACCAAAGCCUACCUGUUUUACUCAUCUGUUUGCUUCACCGAUAUUUCCCCCCCAUUGCUUUAGGCUCGCGUUGGGCGCACGGCCAUCUCCAUUGCUCACCGCUUGUCCUCAAUCAGAACUGCUGAUGUCAUAAUUGGCUUUGAGCAUGGAAGAGCAGUGGAAAGGGGGAAACACGAGGAGCUGAUGGAACGGAAAGGGGUUUAUUUCACACUGGUAACUUUGCAAAGCCAAGGGGACAAGGCACUCACUGACACGUCGGUGCAAAGCAAGUACCUUAUUCUGCAUUUCUGAAAACGAGGUCAAGGUUUACUAACUCAAGGAAUUAAUUUCCUUUUCUGUACUAACACAACUAUUUCCCUAUGGUCCCAUGAAAAAUCAGUCCUACACAUAGGUACAAAACAAGCUGUGCCUUAUUCCAGGGUUAGAUUAUUUGUGCAUCUAUCUCUGGGUCACUGAUGCACCUCUCUCUCUUUGUGUGUCGAGGUCCCCAGGGCCACCCCAAUAGCUCACACAUCACACAGAAUUUUUUGUUUAAGGUUUCUUGGCAUAAUUUUGGCCACAACUUUAUUAAAAUACAAAAAUGUGAGUGGUUGCUUAGGCAUUGGUUGCGACUAUCUGCCCCCCCAUGGGGGACAGACUGACAUUCCGCACGCCUGCGAAAGUCAGAAAAGGGGAAUACACUUGGGGGUAGCGAUGGAGCAGGGAACCUGCCCUCAGCCCUCCCCAGAUGCAGCCAGGAGCUCUUGCAUGGCCCGAGCCCCCUUGACAGGGUGGACAAACAAUAGUUAGCCCCUGAUUCCUUUAAUAGAAUCCCUUGCAGCAGCAGCAUUAGAGGGGCAGGCGCAGCCAAUCCAUGCUCCUCAACCAACCAAACCAUAAACCAAUGCCUAACUGCAACCUUACAAGUUGUGACAAUUUGCUACGCAGUAGGCAAAAACCAAAUGGCCCCAGCCAAUCAGCCAGAUGGACAAAAUUCCCACUGGGCCCCUGCCCCAAGAGCAGACGACCCCAUGACAGGCAUAGCAGGGUCAAAGCGAACAACCCUAAAUAUAGGGAGGGGGGGUGGGCAAUCCGAUGCACGGGCGAAAAGAGGAAGCCCUAGCUUUGUGCAAGGAGUUUUAGCAUUUCUGGCUGUCAAUCAACAAAUGGCAACAUUAACUUCUUCCCAACAACAAGGGAAGCCCAAUCACAACAGUGGCCAACAAUCAAUUAGCCCACCCCACAACUUUGGAGUGUCCUGGCGGCCCCCACUGCAACACGUGCUCUCCAUGAAGGAGAACACGCUUUCCCAUUAUGGCUACCUGUGAUCCUGUUAACUGGAGAUGCUGGAGUUCAAAUCUGGAUUCUUAUGCAUUCACAGCCUGUGCUCUGCUACUGAGCUAUGGUCCCUGGGAGCAAGACCACUUUACUAGUGUCAAACUUUGAUGACCCCUCAACCAGCAUUCUUUGCUGACACAAACUGAACAAGCCUUCUUGCUGUGCUGCAGUCCGUUUUUAAGAACGCUUCAGAUUUCCGAAAGAGUUGUUGGAGCAUGCAGAGCUGAUAUAACCUCAGACAUCUUGGCGUUCUUCUAACUGAAAGCAUCUUCUUACUACUCUGGGAUACAUUGUUUGGAAAUAUAAGGCACAGGGCCUACAUAGUCUCAGGGCUGCUUCAUAUAUAUAUAUAUAUAUAUAUAUAUAUAUAUAUAUAUGUGUGUGUGUGUGUGUGUGUGUGUGUGUGUGUUUUAACAUACCAUUUUCAACAGUAAUUAAACAUACUUUUACAUCCUAUUCAAUUUUUUUUACUUCCAUCAAUCCUGUCUGAAAAUUUUCCAAUCUAAUCUCUUAGUAUGCAUUUCUUAUCUUCCCUAUUGCAUUUCAAACUCAUAACCAAUAUCUUUAUCUUUUUCUACUUUGUAACACUUCGUAUAUUUCUCCUUACAAAACUUCUUGUAGUCCUACUAGCAUAAUUUGUUGAUUACAGAUGCUCUUCAAAUAAUUCAUAUACUUCUUCCAAUCUACUGUAAAUUUCUGGUCCCGCAGGUUUCGAAUCCUUCCUGUCAUUUUGUCCAAUUCUGCAUAGUCCAUUAAUUUCGUCUGCCAUUCUUCUUUCAUCAGAAUUUCUUCUUGUUUCCAUUUCUGGGCUAACAAUACUCUUGCCGCAGUUGUUGGCAUAUAAAAACAAUUUAACAUCUUGUUAAAUUGUUAAGUCUCAGGGCUGCUUCCAUUCCCACUGUGUUUCCUAAUCACCAGUGAAGAAGAAAAUUAUAGCAGCCUUGAGCCGUUGUCCCCUGCAUUUGUGAGAAUAAACUAAAGACAGAGUGCAAUUUGUACUGCGAUUCACCAUUUCAGAGUGUAGGAGGGGAGACUGCAUGCUUGAAUUCUGCUCGGAAUGAAACAUAUCUGUAUCUGUAAAAUCAGUACAUCAGGAUAAAAUGGUUAUAAUUUAGCUUUCAUAUCCUGACAUUCUAGCUGUGUAUUUGCAGUGAUAAUUUGAGGUGAGGGAAUAUUCGAAUAUGCAAGCUACCCCUUGUAGCUUGAAGUGGUAAUGGUAAAGGUAAAGGUACCCCUGACCAUUAGGUCCAGUCGUGACCGACUCUGGGGUUGUUCCGCUCAUCUCGCUUUAUUGGCUGAGGGAGCCGGCGUACAACUGGUCAUGUGGCCAGCAUGACUAAGCCGCUUCUGGCGAACCAGAGCAGCGCACGGAAACACUGUUUACCUUCCCGCCAGAGCGGUACCUAUUUAUCUACUUGCACUUUGACGUGCUUUCGAACUGCUAGGUUGGCAGGAGCAGGGACCAAGCAACGGGAGCUCAGCCCGUCGCAGGGAUCCGAACCACCGACCUUCUGAUCGGCAAGCCCUAGGCUCUGUGGUUUAACCCACAGCGCCACCCCCAUCCUGCUUGAAGUGGUACACCCCAACAAAAACAUGUAGCUUUUCUGCUCGCAGGUGUGCCAACUCGAAUAAAAUAUUGGGGGGAGGGCAGGUAAGCCCCACCCCACAUAAUAGAUCACAAGACACAAUGUAUGCACACCAUUUGACUGGCAAUGCCUGUCUCAACUGGGGGGGGCUUCAAAUAGUUUAGGGGGGGGGAAGGGACAUUGACCCCUAGGAGUUGGCUCCUAUGUCUGCUCGCUUCUAUUCUUAGUGUGGCAGCUGCUCAAGACCUUUCAUGUGCUAGUGGUCUGUGCUUUGUACAUGCAAAGAGCAUUGUUCUUCAUAGCUUCCUUUUGCAAAUCCAGUGAUUGCCAUACAGCUCAACAUGGGGUCAUAGGACCAUGUGUGGACAACUGAUGGGCUGCUAAAGGAGCACAUCCAGGACCCUUAAAAAGCUGCUCUGCCAAAGAAGUGUACUUUAAGUUAAGCUCACACUUUUUUGAACUAAAGAGAAUUGCUGUGCUUCAGGUAGAAUAUUUAACAAACCACCAUGAAGCAAAAACUUUCAGCCUUGUAACAGGUUUGCUUUAUACACUGUAAACACAUACCAAAAUAUAAGAAUGGAAUGGAUGAUCUCAUUUUCUGAUGGGCUUCUUUGGCUUUGUUUUACAGCAGCCGAACCAAAUCUUGAGAAAACGCAGUCUUUCGUCAGGGGAAGUUAUCGGGACAGCUUGAGGUAAGCCUUUCAGUGGGGGACAAAACACAACACAAUGCAGCAUUGUAACAGCACGUUCCUGUUUUGCUUCAGGUGAGGAAAAAGGAUGUAGCACCCCUAGACAUAUGAUGAUGAUGAUGAUGAUGAUGAUGAUGAUGAUGGUGAUGAUAAUAAUAAUAAUUUAUUAUUUAUACCCCGCCCAUCUGGCUGAGUUUCCCCAGCCACUCUGGGUGGCUCCCAAUCGACAGGCUCCCAAUAUGACAGGCAGCAACCAGUUUCUUUUGGAGUUUGACCUGGCAGUUUUAUUUUUUUAAUGAGAAUCAGCCCACCAUUGAGAAUGGGUAUUCUUUGAACUGGCAAAGGGACAGGAGCAGAAGGCUUGUUAAUUAAUAAUAAUUGAUUGAUUGAUUUUUAAGUUUUGUGCAAACAAAUCGGGAUGAAGGCUUAAUACUGUGAAUAGGUUGUCUGGGGGAGCCCUUAUUUGGAAGUUUCCCCUUUGAACUCAGCGGGACUUACUUCUGAGCAAACAUGUCAAGCUUUGUGCCAUAAAUCUCAGGAUAUGGGUAUAGUAAGUAUUUCCGUAAACUAUGAUCGUGAUAAGUACGGUAAUAACGCUAGAUGCAAACUCCUUAAACUGCUGUUCCUAAGACUUCACCUUUUCUCUUUAUUCUUUCAUAGAGCUUCCCUUCGACAGCGUUCCAGAUCUCAGUUGUCAAAUAUAGUACCGGACCACCCAAUGUCAGUUGCCCAGAACCAUUCGGAACAUAUCUAUAGCACCGGGCAGUAUGAAGAAGAUGGCAGUCCAUUUAAGAAGGUCAUUAUUUGACAAAAACAUCCAUUUUGUUUCCUUUCUCUGGUCCUCUUGAAAAGCUCGCUGUAUAACCCUUCCUCGAAGUUUCUACUGGGCAGCACGGAAAGAAGAAUAUCAACAUAUUUGCCCGUUUUCUCUUUUAGGAGCCAACGGCUGUAAAAGUGGAAGAAGUGAAGCCUGCUAAUGUUACCAGAAUUCUGAAAUACAAUGCUGCUGAAUGGCCCUACAUGCUGAUUGGAUCCCUUGGAGCAGGCUUCAACGGGGCAGUCAACCCACUCUAUGCCUUGCUUUUCAGUCAGAUUCUUGGAGUAGGUCAUGACCAAUUUCCUCCUUCUUGUAUUGAAUAUGGUUUUUCACUACCCUUGUAUUAUGCAGGACAACUGCGUGCCAACAGUGUGCCAAGCAGUCCUUAUUACUUCAUUUCCAACAUUUUGGCUUGCUGCUUUUAGUAGUUUUUGAACAUUUGUGGUCAUUUGCCCAAUUCCCAUGCAGAACACCAGGUUGGGGAAGGGGACCGUUGACAAUUGGCUCUCCCAGCAGACCCCAAGGACCGGGCAGCUGCAUUCCAGAAUCUUGAGGUUCAUGGGCUUCUGGGGGUGCUCUGGAAUUCAUUGGUGGUGGUGGGGAGAGGUCUAUCUUGGGAAGGAGGGUCUUCUGUUACAAUGACAGGCCCACCAACAGUUUUGUAAACUGUUGGAGAAUGUAUGAUUGAAACUUGUGGGUUGAGUCAGUUGCAAAAAAAGACAUGACUGUUUCCUCAACAGACCCAUAAACACCAGUACUCUGGAGAUGAGCAGGGGGUUUGGGGUCUUGCAUUAAGAGCCAGUUUCAUGCAUUCUAGGAGGGGGACAUAUUUUCAUAUAUGUAGGCACUAUGGUGAUAAAGGAGAUAUUUCAGAUCUCCAAAGGGUUUCAUUUUUCUUUCUCCUUUAAAGCAGUUAUUUGAGCAGCAGCACUGGGGGGUGGGUGUCCAGCCUUGUCUUCCAUACAUUUCUCAAUUGAAAUCACACACACACACACACACACACACACACACACACACACACAUCCUGCAACUGGCCCUGCUGGGAGUGGAGAGGGGGAGACAGGCAUAAUUCAGGUACCUUUCUUCCCCCAUACCUCAGUACUGUUAAUUUGAUUAAGCUUGGAGCAUCCCUCCACCUCACACCAAUGGCUACUUUCAAGAGAAACAAGUAGAAGACUCUGAGUCUUGUUUGUUUGGCAAAUUCCCCUGAGUUCACGGAGACAUCUCCCCAUAAAACAGUGCAUUGGACUGCAACCUUAAAUCUGAAAAGAGAAGAAUAAUUAUAUGCCCUCUUCCCCUUGAUAAAUUGUCCCAUUCCAUGGCAUCCUAGUAAUCAUAAAUAGCUCAGUCAUUAGAGCAUGAAACUCUUAAUCUCAGGGUCCUGGGUUCGAGUCUUACAUUAGGUGAAAGAUUCCUGUAUUGCCAGGGGUUGGGCUAGAUAGCCCUCAUGCUCCUUUCCAACUCUACAAUUCUAUGAUUCUAUAAAGAAGUGAGCAAUAUAAUAAGGGUCUGCUUUUAUACAUUUACAAUAUUCCAAAAAAUACUUUAUCCCUUUCCUACCUGACUGAAGUAUGGAGGCAUUUUAUUAUUAGACAGUAAACUCACAGACACAAUAGCCAGUGCUGGUGGUGAAUUAAAUUCACCGGCACUAAAGCCACAAAGGCUUUGAACAACCCCUUUGCAUGGUUUUAUCAAAACAACAAAACAGGCAUGCUGACAGACUCCCAUGAAGGCAUUAUAUGCUUUUAGAUAGCAAAUGCAUAUAUUGCUCCCUUUUUGCACCGUGCAUUUUAUAGUCACUUAAACUCAACGUUGAUCGACUUUGGGCAGCAGUAUUGGUUGAAAGUUAAUGCGAAGACAGCCAUAAUUUAUUCCACUGCUCUGUUUUAUUGUGAACAAAGCAUCUCCUUUUGGGAGUCAGCUAAUCCCAUUUCCUAGAAAAAUGAAGCACAUUGGCCAUCUGCAGAACACCUGUGGCAGGGGUGCCCCGCCGCCAUCAUUGCCACUGCAGAAGCAAUAAGCAGCUGUGGUUUCUGGGAUCUUAUAGCUCUCUUGUGAGAUCUUGACAGAACCAGGAAACCACACACUGAGCAGCCCUGGCGAGCGAGGAUUUGGUGGAGGGGUAGUGGGUGGCACCUUCCUGUUUCACCUUAGGUAGCAAAAUGGAACACGCUCCCUCUGCCAACUGAGAGCCAGUGUGGUGUAGUGGUUAAGAGCGGUGGACUCGUAAUCUGGGGAACCGGGUUCGUGUCUUCGCUCCUCCACAUGCAGCUGCUGGGUGACCUUGGGCCAGUCACACUUCUCCGAAGUCUCUCAGCCUCACUCACCUCACAGAGUGUUUGUUGUGGGGGAGGAAGGGAAAGGAGAAUGUUAGCCGCUUUGAGACUCCUUAAGGGGAGUGAAAGGCAGGAUAAUCAAGUCUAAACACCUCAACUAGCCCAGCAUUCUGUUUGCAUAGAUGCCUAUUGGGAAGGACACCCACAGGAUUUGAGUGCAAUAGAUAACUACUUGUGGUUCACAACCACGGGCAUCCAGAGCAUACUGCCUCUAACAAUGGGGCCAGAACUUGUGUCCUGAUCCAUCUACUUGCUACAGACACAAGGGAUGGAUCUACACACAGGGGGGAAAUGCUAUAAAUAAGUCAGAAAUUAAAUCUUUAUAACAAAAGAAAAAAAAGCUAUGGAAAAUUGCUUAGAAUCCCCCACCCCCCCUUCUCUGGCUCAAUCUGGUGCUGCAUAUUUAUAAUGCAUUUAGAACGCUGUUUCUUGACUAAAUUAGCUGAGUCCAAGGUUUCCUCUACCUAUAAUGUUUAGUUCCAAGGCAGAUCCCCCCCUUUUAAGGGGGCAAACUUGAAGACUAGAAUCCAGCUGGUGUGGGAAUUGCUUCUGCUCAACUUAGUUUUUACAGAUUAGUUGACUUACUAAGAUUUGCCCUGUAUAGACAAACAUCAAACGGGAACACAAGCACGUGUUUCAUGACCUGGCGAUAGUGUAAAAGUUAGUUAGCAAGUCUGGAAGAUCAAACUUCAGAGAUCAGCAUUUAUAGCUUAAGAGCAAUUGCUUUAAAAGUUAGUGUUUAAGUCUGUUGUUGUCAACAUCCCUGUGAACUGGUGGCUCAAAAAACUUGUCCGAAAGACAUGGGGGGUGGGGAGGGAUGGAUUUAAUGAGCAUAAAGAAUGACCCCUCUUUGAGCGCUCAUCCUUUUUCCUAUUGGCUACUUUUCCCAUUCUGCCAAAGAUAACAGGUAGCUUGUUGACCUCUAAAACAAAUGUCCCAAAGAGUUAACAAACAGGAUCUAUGCCCUCCCUUGAAGGCACACUGAUUAUAGUGUCUCUUAAUGACACGGAUGUGGGGCUUUGGGCAUGUUUAUAAGAAAGCAGAAAACUUCCUGUUUUUCCAUUUGAGUUUUGACACACACACACACACAUUUAGUUUUACAUUUCCCAGUGAGCAUGUGAUUGCAGCUGACUUUAUGAGGAUUAGGGGAACGUUUUAAAUAAAUGCUUACCAAAAAAGAGGCAGUGGGACUUGCUGAGCCUUCUGCUCCUUCUCUGAAGACUUAUUAGUGGAUUGAAGGGCUUUUAAAACCUGACUUUUUCAAAGACUCGCUACUUGCCAUUGUUCUCCUCUGGUUAUUAGUCCCUUAUGCCUCUUAAAAGCUGCAUGGAAGAUUUUUGUGUGGUUUUUCCCCCCCCACAUCAGUGAUUUGUUUGUACUUCAGUUGGGUCCAAGUUCUCUAGUUUCUUGGUGCGGAUUAAUCCUUUGUUUUUGAAACCCAGGUAUUAAACAUAGUGCCAUCAGUUAUGAAUAGCACACACACCAUUUAAAUGGGAUACUUCCCUGCAGCAACUACUGAAACACAGUUUAAUUUGCUGGCCUGAUAUUCUCAACACUUCCUUUUUCUUAAUGGUUUUAAUAGUGUUUUAUUAUAAUUAUGCUAUUUAUCGCCUCGAACUACAUAAAGAAAAGUAGGAUAAUUAUUCUAUAUGAAACAAAUACAUUUCAUUUUAAAAAAAUAAAUUUUAUGAAAGCGUAUAGAGAAAAAUACAAAAUUUUAUACAUUUCCCCAUUUUUUUACCAAACCAAGACUUUUAUAGAGAUAGAAUAAAAACACAGAAAUAUGGGGAGGGGGAGAGAUAGAGAAGGAAAAAGAAAUAAAAAACAGAAAAGAGGUUAAGAGAAAGAUAGAAAAACAAUAUUCACUUUGUCUGAUCCACUAUAGUAGAACCAAAUACAUUUCUGAUUAGAGAGAAUGGCUUCUCCUCCUGACAGAUUUAAGGCCUAGCACCUCUUUAUUUUUUUAGUACCAAGCUGUACUUAGGUAGAGGAAACGUCCCUUAUAAAAAAAAAUCUAUAGCUUAUUGUUUACAUUUGAGGAAAUUCAAUCGUAGCACCAUUUAAAUCAAUAAACCUCCACUGAUGUGAGGCUAUGGUCAAGCUGUCCUUUAAGAAGUGCUGUAAUAGGGGGCAAAAUUUGCUUGCAGCACUCCAUUGAAAUCUCACACGAGCAAUACUCAAGGCAACUGUAAAACCAAAAUGGGCUAAAUCAGGGGUACCCAAUACAAUGACCCCCUACAACUCACAACAGCCAUGGCCACUGGCCAUGCAGGCUGUAAGUUGGAGUCCAAUAACAUCUGCAGCCUACCCAUGGGCUAGAUUGCAUGAUCCUAUGAUUUCCAAUAUCAUUGCAGUCAUGUGACAUGAAUUCUGAAGUAGAGACUCUCAAUUCACUGCUUAGAGAUGAUUAUAAUGAAGCCGUGUAUAAAUUGCCUAAAUAAAUAAUAAAAUUAUACUGUUUUAGUUGGCACUUAAUAUUAUGGCCCUUUCUUUUCUUUCCCAAAAGACCUUUUCUAUCCUGGAUGAAGAAGAACAAAGAUUACAGAUCAACGGCAUCUGCCUGCUCUUUGUAUUGGUUGGAGUUAUAUCAUUUUUUACACAGUUUUUACAGGUAAAUGACCAUUAAGAUUGGCUGUUCCGUUGAUUUUCUUUUCUCGUUUUUAGGUGCCUUGUGGCUGGCAUGUCUAGACUUACACAUUCUUUAAAUGCAUUUCAGGGAUAUACAUUUGCAAAGUCUGGUGAGCUGCUUACAAGACGGCUAAGGAAGGUUGGCUUUGAGGCCAUGCUAGGUGAAGAAAUUGGUUGGUUUGAUGACCACAGGAACAGCCCAGGGGCUUUGACCACAAGACUAGCAACUGAUGCCUCUCAGGUUCAAGGGGUAAGAGAUUUUAUAUAAAAGUAGCUAACGCACUUCAGAUAUUGCCACAUCAGCUGGGCAUCCACUCAAUGAAAUUGAGACAAGAUAAUUAUUGUCAUGGGUUUAUUGGAUAAAGCAUGUUCAUCUUCAUGGAGAGCACAUGUUGCGGUGGGGUCUAGCAAGACACCCCCUCUUGGUUGCUGGGCGGGACCAUUUGGAUGGCCAAGACUGUGAUUGGGCUAUUUUGGGUUGUUGGGGAGAUUUUGAUGUUACCAUUUAGUGAGUUGGCCCAAAGGUUAGAUAUUCUCUGCAUGCAGCGUGGUGCGGCCUCUUUUGCUGUGUGCAUCGGAUUGCCCGCCCACCCUCCCUAAUUUAGGGCUGUUGCGUUUGACCUUGCUAUGCCUGUCAUGGGGUCGUCUGCUUUUGGGGCAGGGGCCUGGUAGAAAUUUUGUCCAUUUGGCAGAUUGGCUGGUGUCAUUUGGUUCUUGCCUACUGCAUAGCAAAUUGUCACAACUUGUAAGGCUGCGGUUAGGCAUUCGUUAAAAUUUGGUUGGUGGAGGGGUAAGGGUUGGCUGUGCCUGGCCCUCCAAUGCUGCUGCUGCAAGGGAAUUCCGUUAAAGGAAUCCAGGGGCUCACCAUGCUUUUGUCCGAAUCCCUGGCAAGGGGCUUGGGCCACACAAGCCCCUGGGAGCAUGCGGGGAGGGGUGAGGGUGUGGUGUCCAGCCCCAUUCUCUCCCCAAAAUGUUUUCCCUUACUGACUUUCGCAGGUUUCCAGAAGUCAGUUCUGUCCCGGGGCGGGGGACAGAUAGUUGUAACCCAUGUCUAAGCAACCACUCACAUUAUGUAUUUCAAUAAAGUUGUGGCCAAAAUUAUGCCAAAAACCUUAAAUAAAAAAUUCUGUGUGAAUUGUGAUUUAUUUAGGGGGUGGCUUGGGGACCUCGACAUGCAAACAUGCCUCUGAAACUCCAUAGAAAUGAAAGCUGCUGGUAAGGUGAUUUUAAGGAGAAAAAAUGGCUAUUUCACACCUUAAAUUUUUUUUUUAACACUGGAGCAUCUUUUAGCAUUCAACUUUCAGCCAAAACUAUAAGGCCUAGUUCUCACUGAAACGAUAAAGCUGUGUCUCAGUUGUACCAUUUCGUUCCCAAGUGCAGGCUUACAUGAUGGAAUGAUUCUUCACAGAUUAAAUUCAAAGAUUCCUACACAAAAAACCAAGCACAUCAAGGAACAGUCUAGGACUCUUCCCCCUAAUGUUCAAUUUCCCAUGUACAGAGGCGAUGGGGGUGUAAAACUGUUCCCUCAUUUGAGCCCCCACCUGCAGUCUGAAGCGGUUGAGAUAGAGGCCUAAAUGAGAGGAGCAGACAGCAUAAAUGGGAAUUCCUUUCAAAUCCAUAAUUCACACUUUGGACCCAACUUAUCUUCCCAUAUGCCACUUCUUGGAAGGUGGCUACAAACUGGGGAAAAUGAACAAAGCACAUUGCAGCCACGAGGGCGGUUUAGCCAUUUCAGACCCUCUCCAUGAGUGUGUUGCUGAUGGGCCUGUUUUCACAAUUAGGAGUGCCAAAGGCUUUUCCCCCCCAGUAACAUAGGCAGGAAAAAGAGGUGCUUUGGCAACACAUCCUUGCUCAGUCUCUUUGUUCCUGAAGGUGGGUCUAGAACACUUCAGGGAAAUAGAUUUCGGAUAAAAUUUCCUGGAGAAACUUUGUAAUGGAAAGAGCUGUUUGGCAGUGGGAUAGACUGCCUCAGACUGCCUUCACUGGAGGUGUUUCAACAUCCUGGUUACAGCCUGGUUACAGGGAACCAGGCAGAGGGCCUUCUUGGUAGUGGCACCCGCCCUGUGGAACGCCCUCCCACCAGAUGUCAAAGAGAAAAACAACUACCAGACUUUUAGGGAAGCUUUUAAUGUUUAAUAGGUUAUUGUAUUUUAAUAUUCUGUUGGAAGCCACCCAGAGUGGCUUGGGAAACCCAGCCAGAUGGGUGGGGUAUAAAUAAUAUAUUAUUAUUAUUAUUAUUAUUAUUAUUAUUAUUAUUAUUAUCUGAAUGGCUAUCUAUCAGAGAGGCUGCACUGCAGAUCCUGCACAGAGAAGGUGCAACUGAUUACCCCCAAAAUCCCUUCUAACUCUUUGCUUCUCCUUGGCAAUAGGAGCUGGAAGUUAAACAAUAGCUCUCCUUCCUUCACAGCUUUGAGGUAGCAAAAAGUGUCCCAGUGCUUAAUGUGGGAGAGUGUGUUGGUGAUCUUUUUUCUUUCUUUCUUUUCCCCCCUUUUGCUUGUUUUAAGGCAACUGGCAGCCAGAUCGGAAUGAUUGUGAACUCUGUCACCAACAUUGGGGUGGCCAUUGUUAUUGCUUUCUACUUCAGUUGGAAGCUCAGCUUGGUCAUCAUCUGCUUCUUGCCAUUCCUGGCUUUAUCUGGUGUGGUGCAGUCUCAGAUGCUAACAGGGUUUGCCUCUCAGGACAAACAAGCUUUGGAAGCAACUGGGAAGGUAAUGUUUAAAACAACUACAAAAAAGCACAUCAUUUAAGAUUAAAUGAGAUGGUGAGUAACAAUGCAAUCAUCCAGUGUUGUCAAUGAUAACAGGCAUUUUGGACCUGGCAUAGUCAUGUAGGGUUGAAAUGUCCGUCCCCCCCCCGCCCCCCGCUACUUGUCAAGCAGUAUUUUAAAGUCUCUGUUCCUUGGAAGCCUGAUUUUUCUUCUCAGAAGGGCAGUGUGAGGGUAAAAUAAAGUGUUUAGCUUCUGGUUGCAAUUGGUUGGAUAGAGUUGAAAGACACAUUUGGCAUUGCAUAUAUGCGCAUCCAAAUCACAAAGGCGUGUGUGCUUUAAGUGGGCCUUGGCAUGUACUGGCAGCCAGUGUAGCUGGUACACAAUCGAUCUUACAUAUUUCCUUAGCCUCCACAAGCAACUUCAGUUUGCACCAGCUGAGGCUUCUGAACUGUCUGCAAAAGGCAGCCCUGUGUAGAGUGUGUUACAGUAGUCUAAUCCGGAUGUAACCAGGACUACGUCUGCUUUCUUUCUCCAGUUAGGGAUGCAGCCAGAGAAUCAGCCAAAGCUGCUAAAAGUUUGAUAAUAAGACUGAAAGCGACAGUAUAGCUACGCAGAACAAAUGACGUAAAAGCAUACAACGAGAGAACGGUGUCUGUCCAUAGCUAUUACCAGCAACUUAAGAAUGUGAUAAAGAAUAGGAGCAGAACAAGCUAAGACAAGCCAUUUGUUCGUUUAGCUCUAUUGUCAAUGUGUACUUAAGAUGCUUAUGUAGACAGCAUCACCCUCGCCCAGAUAUGAGAACCCAUGCCAGGAAUUGUUUCUUGCCCAACAUUGGAAAAGUCACCAGUACAGUAAAAAACAAUUAUUAGAUUAGGAAACCUGGGGUCAGGCCUUGGUCAGAUUCUGAAAUUAGCUGCAGUAAGAGGGCCAGAAGGCAAGAACAUGGGCAAAUAUAUGCUAGUAGUCAGGUUCCAAUGGUAGCAGCCAAGGAUCAGAGACAGAAUUCAAGGAUAUGAUCAAAGACAGGCUGCUGGUGGAGAUAGACAGGCAAGGGCCAGAGGUGGAGCACAUGGUCAAAAGCAAAGUAAGUCUGUGUGGCUAUUCAAUGAGGCAAGUUCCUCAGGCUGAGGAGCUGAUUUGGGUAUGAGGGCCUAGAGUGUCUCCAUUGGCCUGACCUUGGUAAGUUCAGCUGAAUCAGUUCAAAACUAGAGAUUCUUAGUAAACUGGUGUGGAAACCAAACUUACACUUUAAAACUAUAGAUAGAUAGAUGAUAGAUGAUAGAUAGGUAGAUAGGUAGAUAGGUAGAUAGAUAGAUAGAUAGAUAGAUAGAUAGAUAGAUAGAUAGAUGAUAGAUAGAUAGAUGAUAGAUAGGCAGGUAGGUAGGUGAUAGAUGAAAGAUAGAUAGAGAUAGAUAGAUGAUAGAUAGAUGAUAGAUGAUAGAUAGAUGAUAGAUGAUAGAUAGAUAGAUAGAUAGAUAGAUAGAUAGAUAGAUAGAUAUAGAGAUACAGCAGCUCACCAGAUGUAUGGGCCAUAUCUCUCACACUGACAUCUAACAGAUCUUUGCUACUCCUCCAUUUCUUUUUCUUUUCAACAGAUUUCCAAUGAAGCACUUGCAAACAUCAGGACUGUCGCAGGAAUUGGGAAGGAGAAAAAAUUUAUUGAAGCAUAUGAGAAAGAGCUGGACGUCCCUUACAGAGCAGCAGUCAAAAAAGCAAAUGUUUAUGGAUUCUGCUUUGGUUUUGCACAGAGUAUUCUGUUUAUAGCCAAUUCGGUCUCCUAUCGGUAUGGAGGAUUUUUAGUUGACAAGGAAGGACUUCACUACAGCUAUGUGUUUAGGUAAAGGAACAGAAACACACCCACACAAAUUAUCUUUCCCAAAUAGAACCUGUUAGUUGAUCGUGCAUUCUCAACAGACACAUUUGUGGGCAUGAUAAAACUGAAUGACAACUCAAUGUUAAGAGACAGUAUAUCUCUGGAUAUAUAAGUUAUUGGAGACCAACCAUGGGGAGGGGGGAGGCUGUUGCCUUCCAGCCUUGCUUGACAUAGUUGGCAGGCCACUGAUGGAAACAGAAUAGUAGACCUUGAGUUCUUCUUCCUAAGUAUCAUGUAAGCUGACGUCUUUCCUUCUUGAUUUCAGGGUGAUUUCUGCUAUUGUGACCAGUGGAACUGCAUUAGGAAGAGCAUCCUCCUAUACGCCAAAUUAUGCCAAAGCAAAAAUAGCCGCAGCUCGCUUUUUUCAGCUGGUGGAUCGUGUUCCCCAAAUCAGUGUUUACAGUGAUGCUGGAGAGAAAUGGGUAAGAGCAGAAAUUCAUGUUAUUAGAAUCACAUAAUUGUAGCAUCCGAAGGUCAUCCAGUUCCCUCUUCUGUACUGGAGCAAAGAAGAUUAUAGUGUGUCAAGAACAUAAAAUUAGAGCAAUACAAGGUCUGCUGAUACCUUGAGGGCACAGAGUAUGUUUGAUUAAAGAAAACCACAUUGGCUUGAACAAAUAAUACAUGCCCAGGGUAAGGCAAUUUGGGGUCAAUUGUAGUUUGAAUAAAGUUAGGGCACAUACCCCAGGCACCAUGAAUGUGGCCCAACUUUUCAUUGUGAUUCCUGGUAACUCAUCUGAUAAAUUUCUCCCCGUCUCAAGAUUUAUAUGCUCUUUGUCCCUCCAAUCUUAGCCCCUUGUUAAGUCCUCCCAACAUACUAUUGUUCUUGCAGUCUUCUGUGAGCACUGAUGUUCUGAAAGUUAGACACAUUUCUAAGGUCCUCAAGGCACCUUGUGAAAAAUAGGCGGUGUGAUUAAAACCGAUUAGAAACUAAACCAACAACAUAAAAAAAACCAGAAUUAAAAAACAAACAACCAGAUGGUAGCGACUAAGGAGGAAUAAUAUUGUCAAACUUCCUGGUUUAACAGGCAGCAAUUGUGGGUUUCCUUUUUCUUUGUCUGCAAAAAAUGUGGUCUGUUAGGAAAUCUUUCCUAGGAAGAAGGGGAAGCAGCUGUGCUUUGAGCACCCUUGUGAACCCAGUGCCAGCAUAGCCAUGUACCUGCUAUAGCACUGGCAUGGGGGGAGGGCUGAGACUCAGUGGCCAUCGCAGAGCAUUUGCUUUGAAUGCAGAAGGUCCCCAGUUCAUUUCCUUCCAUUCUCUGGGUAUGUACCCUGUCUAGAUCCCUGGAUAGUCACAGCCAGCAUGCAUGGACAACUCUUCAGGCCAUUUAGAAUCAUAGAAUCAUAGAGUUGGAAGAGACCACAAGGGCCAUUGAGUCCAACCCCCUGCCAAGCAGGAAACACCAUCAGAGCAUUUAGAACUUGUGGGAAAUGUUUCCACCUGAAACAAAGCCAUGAACUGAGCAGCUCCACAGAAUUUUACUUAGCUUCCUAGUGAAAGUUCACACCACAUAAUAACUCUUCAGCAGAGUAGAUUAUGGGCUCACCAUGUUUGCCACCUGCUUACUGCAGCCAUCACACAAUGACUUGAAUAUGUGUGAGUGAAGUAUUGAUUUGGCAUUAAGUGGUGUCUUUCUUCAAUAUUAAUUAAAAGUCGUACCUGAGACAAAAUGUUGCAAAAUGUGGAGGUUCAGAAUACUCUAUUCCAUUGCUCUUCCACCUGGUUUUCUGUCAUUCCCGCCCAACCAAACCAGUCAAUCAGCAUUUGGUGGCUGCUGCGCGUGCUCAGCCUUCUUGGGGCUAUUUUUGCAGCCCCUCCCACCCUUUUGGGGUUUUCCCCGUAAAGGUUUUUGCACUUGUGCAAACCUUGGGGCUCCCCAGAACCUACUAAUACCUCUCCUUUUAACCAAUGUCUUGUAUGUUCCCACACUAAGGUGCAACUGUCUCCUUACUCAGUGAGGUUUUGCAACAUGCAAAUUGAUUUAGAUUCCAUCUGCUUAUCAUUUAAGAGCUACAUGGCUAAUCGGUUUUAAAAGUGUAAUUGAUCGUGACAGUUAUAGGAAUAGUGGUAAUAGUAAUCAUUACUUCCAUAAGAGUCAUUUGUGAAAUCAGUUCAACCACACGCAGAACAUUCUCUCUCUCUCUCUCUCUCUCUCUCUCUCUCUCUCUCUCUCCCUCUCUCUCUCUCUCCCUUUGUAUAAUCAGGAUAACUUUCGUGGAAGCAUUGAAUUCUUGAACUGCAAGUUCACAUAUCCCUCUCGUCCCAACGUCCAAGUGCUAAAUGGUCUUUCGGUGUCUGUGAAAUCUGGACAGACCCUUGCCUUUGUUGGAAGUAGUGGAUGUGGCAAAAGUACCAGUGUCCAACUUCUGGAACGUUUUUAUGACCCUGAGGAAGGAAGAGUGGUAUGUAGCCUUCUCUGCUUUCAUACAUAGUAAAAGAGUGCCGAAGAGUUGUUAUAAAGCAAACCCACAGUUCUCCCAUCACGACCCCCUGAACCCAGCAGUUGGAGGAUGCAGAAGCAGCCAGUUCUGGUUUCAGUGCAUGAAGUGGUUGGAUGAGAACUCCUAGGGGAACCUCCCAGACCAUCAGUGCUUAUGGGGCCAGAGCCUGGACUCUGGUGGACAUUUCCCCCUAAGGGAGCAGGUGCAUCUCACUGCAAAUCACCCAGCUUGCAGUGCAAGGAAUACAUCAGGUGGGAGGUCAUGGAAUAAAAGAGGAGUGCCUGUCUUCAAGCCAGAGCAUUGGCCCUUUCUGGGGGUAGAGCCAGGAGAAUGCAAUCUGGAAACAGAAGCAUAAAAGGCUUCACUUAGUCUGCUUCCAACAUCUGUUGGUGCAAACUGCUCACUCAGUGCUGUCUGUGGUCUGGUAGCUUUCGAACAGGCUUGACACUUUCCCCAUGGGUUCCAGAUCAAAAUUGCAUAUACGUCUAUAAAAUAUGUGCAUAAAACUUGUGUAUAAAAUGUGUUAUGAUUGCAUUCAGAAAUGUGUAUAUUAAGAGAAAUGCACACUAAAAUGCUGGCAACCUCAAAAAUAUGAUAAGAUUAAGAUUGUCAGAGUGCAAUAUAAAAUUGAGAAAUGUGAGUAGAAGUGAUAAUACGGAAAAUUGUCAGACAUGCUGAGGGAAGUCUAAAAGAUGUAGAUGAUAGAAGCGGAUGUUAAAUUUUGGUGGAAUGUAUAUUGAAAAUUUAAUAAAAAUUACAUGAAAAAAAUAAAAAUAAAAUGCUGGCAACCUCUGCCUGACGUGGGUGCCUCGCUCUACUUAAUGCAUAGGCUGGCCCUGCUUCCGAUAAAUGAAAUUACACAGACAUCCCUUUUUUAAAAAAAAGUAAAGAGAGGCUAUGAAUGUGUAAAACGUAAAGGUAAAUUUACGUGAAACCUGUACAUCUAUUAGCUAUGACAAACAGACAUUUUUUUAACUAGGUAACCCGAGUUCCACUGAACUCAUUUGUGUAACAUAUUUCACAUGAAUUUGGAGAACAAUUUGCUUGGUAAAUUCCAUAUAAUAAACUUACCUUGUAUCAGAAUGACAGCUGAUAAUGAGGAUGAAAGCUUGAGUGCCAAGACCCCGUGACCAAGCAGCAUAUAGAGUCUUUGGGUUCAAAAAGGCCACAACUUUAUUGGUUACAUAUGUGAGGUUUUGGCAUAGGCAUUGGGUGAAGUUGUUUAUUUAACUCCAGUCCAUCUGCUGGGAGUGUAUCUAAGGGUAAACCACACCACAGGGUGGGGGUGGAGGCCCUAUGGCCUACAUCAAAUAAGGGUAUCCCCCCCCCCCAAAGGGUCACCACUGGAGACGUUCUAUGGCUCUAGCCCCCAUCUGGGUGUCAGAUAGAAGCAACCCCUCAGUGGUCACCAGCUGGUUGGUCCCGCCCCCUGGGGAAUCCCCAUAUCCAGCCUGCCUACCAUUGGCCAAUCCACAGGCAGGCCUGCAGUCCUCCCAAACUGGCCUCCAGAUGGCUGGCAUGGGGCCGUCUCCAGGCUGCAAUGCCGCCUGACCAUUUAAAGUAAGUGGACUUAUUUGCAUGAAAUCUACCAAACAAGUGGUUCAUCUAAAUGCAUUCAAAAUAAGUUACCCAACUGAAUUCAGGCACUCUUUUAUAAGGCUAGUUCUAAACAGCACUGGAAUGAAGAGAUACUUCAAAUAUAAUUUUACUUAAAGGGGUUUAAGCAUUCAGCAUAGAUUCAUGUGAAAAUUAUUUAAAGUUUAGUAAGUUCAGUGUAAGCUUAACUUAAAAUUUAAAACUGAGGUUCCCUUACGACGGCGCCAAUAGUCCAUAAAUAAAUAUUUUGUCUUUUCUGGGUUUUUUCCUGUGCAGUUGAUAGAUGGACAUGACAGCAAGAAAGUAAAUGUCCGCUUUCUGAGAUCUAAAAUUGGGAUAGUGUCCCAGGAACCUGUGCUGUUUGGCUGUAGCAUUGCUGACAAUAUAAAAUACGGCGAUAACACCAGAGAGAUUUCUAUGGAAGAAGUGAUAGCAGCAGCUAAGAAGGCCCAGCUGCAUGACUUCGUCAUAUCGCUUCCUGACGUAAGCAUCUUUUUCUUCACUAGUGUUCAGUGUUGUGAAAGGGAAUGGUGGCUAAAUAAGGAAUCCAUGGUGUGUGAGUCACAGAAUCUCAGCCAUUUUCCUAGAUGCAGCUAUGCACAUGCUAUAAUAUGCUCCUGAACAGCAGCUCACUUUUGAACAGCCAGUGUGGUGUAGCAGUUAGAGUUGUUGGACUAAAAGCGAGGAAACCCAGGUUCAAAUCCCUUCUCAUCCAUAAAGUUCACUGGCUGAGCUUGGUCCAGUUGCCAUCUCUCAGUUACUUCACAGGUUUAUUGUGGGGAUAAAACGUGGAUUACUCUCUGCCCUGAGAAAGUUUCCAUAUCCCAAGGGUAGUUCAUAUCACCAAUAAAACACGAAUAAGAGUUGUUUCAUGCCACAUUGCCUCCACAAGCAGCACCAUUAUUUUCUUCCAGUACUGCAGCACUGUGCAUAUUUCUGAUGGUAAAAGGAGUUGCUUAAAAUUCAGCCAAUGUAUGUUUUCCAGCAAUACAAAACUAACGUUGGCUCUCAGGGAUCGCUGCUCUCUCGUGGGCAAAAGCAGCGCAUCGCUAUCGCCCGAGCCAUCAUCCGAGAUCCCAAGAUCUUACUACUGGAUGAAGCAACAUCUGCUCUGGAUACCGAAAGUGAACAGGUAAACAGGAGGGAGAGUAAACCACGUGGACUAAGAAACAACAACAUAGCGCAAGUAGGGCAAUUCAUACUUGCAUAUUAACCUUUUGAUGACGAGUAAGUCAUCCUCACAGAUGAAACUUUGCAAGCAGAACUUUCUUACCAACCUUCUUCACUGUAAAUUUACGCUUUGCUCCUUGGUUGUUGGGGCAAAGCUAUUUCACCAUGACUGAAUCCCAUACCGUAUCUUAAGGCCAGCUGUGAAGGAAUGGUUCUGUAGCAUCAAUCAUGCCUCAAAGAUAACAAAUGAAUAGGAUGAAAAAGAGCUGCUCUCUCAAUUGUGAAUCACAGGGUGCAGAAACAUUUCUUUGGUUCUUUCCUCUCCCAUACAUUCAUGUGAUGAUCAUGCGAUGACUUUCUUAAUAAUUAGACUGAAUGCUUGAAUGUAAAGGUAAAAGGUAAAGGACCCCUGGGUUGUUAAGUCCAGUCAAAGGUGACUAUAGGGUGUGGCGCUAAUAUCCGCUUUCAGGCCAAGGGAGCUGAUGUUUAACCGCAGACAGCUUUUCCGGGUCAUGUGGCCAGCAUAACUAAACUGCUUCUGGUGCACAGGACACCAUGACGAGUGCCAGAGCACACAGAAAUGCUGUUUCUCUUCCCACCACAGUGGUACCUAUUUACAGUAUCUACUUGUGCUGGUAUGCUUUUGAACUGCUAGGUUGGCAGGAACUGGGACAGAGCAAUGGGAGCUCACCCCGUCGUGCAGAUUCAAACCACUGACCUUACGAUCAGCAAGCCCAAAAGGCUGAGCACUACUUCGGGGAGAAAGGACUUAUUUGGUUACAUAUAUAUAUUAAUUAUGUGAAUGACCAGAUUAGAAUGCAAUUGCCAGGAGCAACAUUGAGAUACUCUGCAGAAAGUUGCCUUUACUACCUUUACUUUGUUACUUUCUCCCUUGUCUUCAGACUGUGCAGGCUGCACUGGAUAAAGCUAGAGAAGGCCGAACGUGCAUUGUCAUAGCUCACCGCCUUUCUACCAUUCAGCAUUCUGAUAUCAUAGCUGUCAUGUCGCAAGGAGUGAUCGUUGAAAAGGGCACUCAUGAAGAACUGAUGGCCCAGCAAGGGGCAUACUACAAACUGGUUACCACUGGGGCACCUAUCAGCUGA